CUGAGCCACUGGAACAUGGCGGCUCCGGCCCUGGACGCCACUGCCGCUCCGUCCCGUUGACCAACACAUCCGGCACCGCUCGCACCCACGGCUCCUCAACUCUCAGGUAAGUUUCCUGUCAUUUGUCCUGACACCCCCCUCGCCUCCCCCCAAAAAUACUCAUCCCAUCCCGCCUCGCGUAGGAGAAAUAUCGCAAAUAUUUCACGCCGGAGCUCGUGUAAAGUGUCAGUUCCAGUUCAAAUCGAGGUUAACGUACUUGAGAGUCGCGCGACAUAACCGUUAGGACAUUUGUACGGUGUUUCCUCUCCGCGCGUGACACGACCGUUAUACCGUUUUGUGUGAAUUGAUCCCAAAAAUGUCACCGUCGAGUGUUUGAGACUGGAAAAUAAGGUGAAACGGGACCGGUAUUUGUCGUGCGGGUUAUUUCUCGGUGUCCCUGAUGUUGUUAGCCUCCUUAACAAACUGUACGGCACACUGAAUCGGCUGAACUGACAACCGCAAACGUGUUUUAGGCGAAAUUCACGGAUCGAAAAUGACACUUUUAACCGGUUGUCUGUCAAAAUCCGCUGUUCGGUGUGAGGACUUUGUGGAGAAAAGUAAAUGCUGAUAUUCUUGUGUUUGUUUAACGUGUUCAAACACUGAGUGAUAACUGCACAAAUAUCCCAAACGGGACUUGGGUGUUUAACUUUAACAGUUAGCUGUUAAAACCACCUUCCUGAUCAACAGAAGCGACCAACCGCAGGCUUAUGUGAACCGUGACACCCUGCGUUGGCAACGACCCUGCUCCGGGUGUUGUUGAUGUCAAAGUUGGGUAUUUCUGCUCAAAUAUUCAACAUUUUGGUUUUAUUUUCGAGGUAGUGGUGUCACUCGCGUUGAUAAAUGGCAGUUUGAUGGUGAAAUAUUUGACUUAUUCGCGGUUGAUAUUGCUCCGACUUCCUCAAUAAACCGAAGCAUCAAUGUUAACACUGUCUUCACACAGCUUCCGUCGUCCUGCUUCAAAAUAAAAGAAUUUCAGAUAUCAAUUUCAUGCAAAAACCGUGGUUAUUUUUCUUAUGAGCUUACCCUGAAGUUUUUUCUUGCCACUGCUACUCAUGUUAGAUGAGAUGGUCCAAAACCCAUCUUAGGUUGGUCCUUGAUCAUCAAACAAUGAGCGUGGUCUACACCUGCUCUUGUUCUUUGAAAAGCGUCUUGGGAUGAGGACUGUUGUGAAUUGGCGCUAUAGAAAUAAAUUCGAUUGAUUGAUUGAUAGAUAUUGUGAAUUGUAUAUUUUGGUAUCAAAAAGUCAUUUAAGAAUAAGGCAAAUGGGAUAAGAGAUUUACUUAAAUCAGCCCACCACCUUUAUAUAGCUAUAUAAGCUAUAUUUCCUCCAAAAGAACCAAAAUUCAACACUCACCAAACAACAAUCUGCAUAGUCUGGGACUUUUUCUCCUUUUCAAGACUUUCUGAGGCAGAUUUUUGGUGCUGGAAUCAUACUUGUCUAAAAUGAAAUCAAGGUGUUUGUCUGAUUGAUUGUUGGUGCUUUUAUUUUGAAGAGGAAAUUGACCAGUGUUUGGUCUUAAUCUUGUUCAUUCUGGUGAGCUUGGUAGAGUUUAUCAAUCAGCAUUUGAUGGUAUUAGCACAGACCUUUUUCCUCAUGCAUUUGAUCCCAUGAAGGAAGUGUUUCACACAUAAAUAUACAAACUUGUAAAUGAUUAUAUUCUGAGAAGAGUAAAUUAUUUAUGAGUCAGUCCUCCAACACAAUGCAAAUGACAGCAUUUCUAAUGGGAACAAAAACAGGUGAAACACGACAACAGCUGACUGUAAAUACACUUCUCUCAGUGAAUUGACAAUCGUUUUAUUUCUCUUCAUAUAAAUAUAUGUUCUGCUAAAGUGCAGAUAAUGUGAACAAACAGAUGUUAGUCUGGCCAACAGAGUGUAUUCCUCCUAUUGUGUGCAGGAUCAGCAUUGCCUGAGAAGGGCUGCAGGGCUGUAACUUAAUGUGCUACAGGAGUUUAAACUGAAUAGAGACUCAGCACAGUUUAACUCUAUUGUCUGACAGUCAGGUAGGCUUUCUCUGGUGCAGGACAGGUUCAGGAAUUUGUCCUUAUUUGCUGUUGUGCUGGUUUGUCUGUGUUUGCUGUUGUGCUGGUAUGUUACUGUAGAGAACCUGUAAGUUUGCCUACGUGACAGGUGCCAUCUGACUCCUCUAGAUGUGUUAUCUUUGAGGGCUGGACUCCUGAUUUUUUGGCUCUUUAAAGCUUAUUUGCUCUUUCCCUGCACCCCAAAGUGAACUUUGAAAAGUGUUGCAACACUCGGGUUGCCAGGUCCUGUGUUUAUCCCCUCUGUUGUGAACUAUAUUCUGCAGUUUUCAUGUGUUAGGUUCAGCAACAUGACUCUGACAAUAAGCAAUUAAACAAUUACAGCCUGAUCACCGGGCUUUAAUGCACCAGGGUUGUUAUUUAGCUGCAGCAAGAGUGCAAGGAAUGUAUUUAAGACCAAGAUCUUAACAUGAGAUUGGCCGUUUGCCCAGUGAGGGAUUCUUAGUAGCUUGAAUUCACUCGACCACGUGAGGGCUCAAAUAAUGCCCUGACCAAUGACAACAGCAGCAGCAGGAGAAACAGAAGGAGGAGGAGGAGGGGAAAAGGCUUGACUGUGCACUUCUCCAUUGCAGGUUUCCACCAGGUUUUAUCCUCAGCAGGCAAAUCCAGAGGAAAGAGAAGAAAUUCAAAGUCCAACUGCAAAAAGCGUGCAUUUUCAGUUUGUUCCUAAAGACACAUGUCCUGUGCAUGAUUACAAAACCACCACUGUCUUUAAACUGUUGUGAGGGUUUAUCUGAUUCAUGAUAUAAACAUUAAACAUAGAGUCAGAGACGUCUGGAUGAGCUUUUCUAAACGCUUUUCCCAAUACUGAGAAUAACUAGUCCUGAUCUAAUACUACUAAAGCCGCAUUUCUGUAUUCUUGUUGACGAAAGUGAAGCUAAGUGUUGGUUCAUGCAGGAUUUAGCAGUCAUAGGCCUGACAGGUUAGAGCCAAGUAUAACUGUAUUAUGGCAUGACGAAAUGCAGAAUGUGGCGCAUUACAAACUCCAACAGUAAACAUAGUUCACAUGCCUUUGUCGGAUGUAAAAUUAAAAGUCAAAAUCCCAACGUCACAACCAAGAGUAAACCAUAAACAGUUAUGUUGAGCCUGAUUAAUCUCUUGUGUAUCUCUAAUCCCAAUUAUUCAGAUUGUAAUUAAAACCAUGAUUAUUAAUCACUAUUAGUCAUGAUUUGAGAUCAAUCACAAACUGUAGGAAAAUGCUGUUUUACCUGGUUAGUUAACCAAAGCAUGCCUGUCCGUCUAACUGGAUUUUUAGCCUUCUAGUCGUGAAGUCGGUUGCACUCACACACGCUAAAGAUCUCUACAGUUUAUUUUUUGUAGUGCUCAGUCGGUCCUUUGGCUUUUCAGACGCACAAUGACCUCCUCCUGCUCUCCUCAUCUGCCUCCUCCUGCUCCUCUCAACUACCUUGCACACCCAAACUUCAUUUACAUCGAUCUGAGCUCGUAACGAUUAAGUUAAAGUGAGACUUUGAUCGGUCCCCUUGCUCCUACUGUGUUGGGGUGUGUUACCUUGUUUCUAAGUAAAUAAAAGCAACUUUUAUUAGCUGCUUUAAGAGACAGACUUACAUUAUUGGAAUAAUUAGUAUUGAUAAAAUAUUCCCUUUAUUGUCACCAAACAUCGGACGUCGAAGAUCAAGUUAGUAUUGGGUCGGUCUGUCAAAGACCACAUCUAGACAUCAGUGCGACGUGCAAAACAGGUUAGAAAUUUCCAAAUUGAUGCUUUUUUAAAAGUCGCUCUGAUGUUUAUAAUUUGGACGUCAUCUGAAGACCAAAUCUAGACGUCAUUAUUGGACCUCUUUUAGACGUUGAAAUGACGUUCACAUUUGUACCUCAUCAUCAAAAAAAUACGUUAAAUAGAUGUCAUUUCGACGUCGCAGUGCGCAGUGGGUUGGCCUGAUAAUCUGUGGAUAACCCUCUGCAAAUUUGUGCAUACCCAACAAAAUGACCUCAUCCUAAAAAGCUGCUUUAUCUUGUCAUGGCGACAUCAGGAAGAAGUAUAAAAUAUAACAAUUAAAACAGAGAUUAGUAUUUGCAAAUCAAAUUCAAGAACAAAAAACUGACCCACUGCAUCAAAGUUCAGAGCUGGAACCUGCUGCUGUCGUAUAUUUUUGUACCUCAUCUUCUUCUGGACACAUUUUGCAGAGGGAAUAUUACAGUAAUUAUGGUAAUCAGGCUCUACAGGAGGCUUUUGGAGGAGUCGUGACAUGGCUGUGCAUGUGUGUGUUUGUGUGUGUGCGUGUGUCUGUGUGUGUGAUGUGUAGGUUAAUUAGAGCACUUGGUCUCAGGAGGAUCAGACCUGGAAGACGACCGUCUCUGCUACGUGACAGAGAGCCAGGUGGCUGUAAGUGUGUGUGUGUAUGUGUGUGUGAGUGUGAGUGUGAGAGAGUCUGAUAAGUUGGUGGCAGUGAGAAGAGCCAGACACAAACAAACACAGCUGGGAGACACAAACACAAACAAGCACACACCCAUUGGAUGCUCUACCUGGAGCCCAUUCAUAUCAGAUAUUCUUCUUGUAUUUGCAGGUGAGCACGGAGAUUUGAACUCAUCCUGCCAGCGAUGUUUGUUUCCUUAUACACUGCACUUGUGUGUUGUAUAUGGUGUUUUUGUACAGCACUCCAUUGUAGUAACAAAGAAAUAUACCGACAUGUUAAAUGGUGGUUUUUAGUUAUUUAAGACAGCCAUAAAGAUGUUUUAAAGUGUGAGCUUUAGGGUAAUAGUGAGUAAAAAGAGCUGUUUGUUUGUGUCACAGAUGCCUGUUUAACCCUGGAUUUUAAGGAUGUGCAUUUAACAUUCAAUGUUUCAUUCAAUAAUCCAUCUGAGAGUGGUUUUCUCUUCAGAGAUUUUGCAGCUCGUCUGUCAGGAGUUUGGUUUGCAUCAGCGAGAGACACUGCUGUUUCUGUUGGCUGGUCAGCUAAACGUGGGGCUCAAAGUUCAACCUAAAGGACUCUAUUUUCAGAAGGUUUGAGUUUCUCGCCUCAACAAAAUCUGUGGAGGGCAACAUAAUAUUUGCUGCAUAUCAGGUGUAGACUCGUGCAUUAAUGAGGAAUACAAUAUUCAUAGCUUUCUCUACAUUCAACCUCUCCUAUAUGUUCAAGAACCGUAACAAAGCUUUACAGGGUGGAAGCAGCAGACCAGGGAGCCAAGUCCAGCAGGUUGCAUAACAAGUGCUAAUUUGGUUAGCUGGAGUUGACAGCGGCUGUAAUUCUCCAGCACUGGGACAGCAGAGCUGAGUUAGAGCAAGUCCACAGGCCUCCAGCAGGAUAAUACAAGCUAAUAGCAUAACAAGCUUUUGCGGAACAAACCUAGGCUGUAGCCAGAGUUAACUGUGGUGCUUUUCAAUGCUUUUGGUCUAGGCUGCUGAUGGCAAGGAGAUACAGGAGUUUUGGAAGAAUUACUGUGGUUAAUGCAGCCAAAGAUCAGGCUUAGGUCAAGUUUGAUUGGUCAAGAUUUACUCUGACUUACUUUACUCUAACCUCAGAAUCAUCCAAAAAUCCAUAAAUAACCAGGAAGAAAUGGGCAGCGAAAUUAAGGGUUUAAGUACUUUCAGCUUUAAAACAAUAAAUAAAUAAAAAUAAAAGUGCCCGCAGUGACACGGGCCCUAAGUUUAAUUUGCCUUUGUUGUCAUUUAUACCAAUCAAUCAGGGUCCUUUGUUUAAAAUGGGGCGGGUUCUGUCAGAAAACAGCACAGCAGCAUAUACAUAAACAACCAAGAUGGCAGCUUCCGCCACUGAAAAGUACAUUGAAUAUUAACAAUGUAAAGAAUGCACAUCCACUGGAGUGAUAGGUGUGUUUUUAUUCAUCUCAUUUCAUCCCAACAUUCUAGAACCCAGCAUUCUCGAACAUAUUGUUACAUAACCGAACAUUUUAGAAUCAAAUAUCUUUUUGGCUAAAGGUUGUUGAAAUGCGUAAAGCAUUCUAGAACCCAGAAUUUCGGAACAGAACAUUCUGGAACCCAGGAUUUUGGAACCCAACGUUCAAGUAUCCAACAUUCUAGAACCCAGCAUUCUGGAACCCAACAUUCUAAAACCCAGCAUUUUGGAACCCACAAUUCUAGAACCCAACAUUCUCGAACAUAUUGUUACGUAACUUUUAGUUUUAGAAUCAAGUAUCUUUGUGGCUAAAGGUUGUUUUACAUCUCUGCUGCAAUGCAUAAAGCAUUCUUGAACCAAGCAUUUUGGAACCCAGUGUUUUGCAACCCAACAUUCUAGAACCCAGCAUUCUAGAACAUAUUGUUACAUUACCAAACUUUCUAGAAUCAAGUUCUAGGACCCAGAAUUUUGGAACCCAAAAUUCAAGAACCCAACAUUCUAGAACAUAUUAUUACAUCACCAAACUUUCUAGAAUCAAGUAUCUUAACAGUUAAACUUCAGUGUUUUUACAAAAAAAAAAAAUCAGUCCUGUCGUGCCUUUUGUUACCAAUACUUACACUAUCAGUAUCACCAAAUAUCCCCUGGGUAUAAACAAAGUAUUCUGAUUCUGAUCCUGAUCUUGUCAUAGAUGAAAACUUUUUGACAAAAUACUCUGGAUUUUGGUUCAAAUAUAAUUAUUUUUAGGGUUUUUGAUUGCAUCUGACUUUUACUGACAGCCCAAAGCACACUGAAGAGUAUCUGAGUCCUAGAAAAGAAGAGAUUCCUCGAAAGAUCGUCUCCUCUGGACUUUUUUUUAGUUUACAAACUGAACGGAAUCACAGCCUCAGACUCUGUAACUGCGUGUAGGAAAAGAAAGCAUUUGCUCUUGCAUGUGUGCUUGUGCAAUUCACAAAACAGUUGGGCAGAGAUCAGCUGUCCAUCCCCUCCUACACACACACACACACGCACACGCCAGCACUGUCACGCUCUGACACACACUGACACACAAACACUGACACAUGCACACAUAUGCAGCUAUCUCUCAGUGGUGGCAGGUGCAUUUUGAAGUGUUGUGGCGUUUAAGUCCACAAUGUCCAAAUGACAGAGAGGGCGGCUGUUUGAUCCAAACACACACACACACACACACUCUAACACACACACUCACACACACACACACACACACACACACACACACACACACACACACACACACACACACACACACACACACACACUCUAACACACACACUCACACACAGAUGACACUCAAACACGCAGCAGGGGGAAGAGCCAGCAGAUGUUUCAAACAUGGCUGCUGACCAAAAAGCUCACUUCUCCUUUUUCUUUUUUUUUUUACUUUUCAUUUAUUGCUCUUGAUUACAGUAACCCUUCACACCCCGCAUACUCAAAGACACACAAAAACACACACAAUAGUCAUGAUGAGUACAAUAGAGACUGCUAGAACUUUCUAGGGCAGGUAUUUUCCUGCGGUAGUUUUUGGUAAUUUCUUGUAAUCGUGUUACAAUGUGGUGAUUUUUAAGUUUGCUCUAUCUCUUGAUUUUCUUUAAAUAUGCUGGUUUAUGUGACUCCCAUUGAGUUAUAUUUUUUGUGUAAUUUUGUAAGGAUAUUUACAGACAACUCCUCACUCUUUGCCUUAGUGGUCCCUCCAUUUUAUACAUCUACCAAUGCACUAAAGAAGGUCUGAAAUGCCGAGGAAAAAGGACAUUGUCCAUUAAGAGACUGUGCUGUUUCCCAUUCAGAGUUAUGGUGCAUGUCUUAUAGCAUGCCCCGGACUGAAUCAAGUUAAACAUUGUACUGUAUGUUACUCAGGAAGGACAUCAUUGACAAUAAGGACCUAAAAAUACAUCCCACAUCAAAUGCCAGCAAGCAAAUUACACAGAAAUGCAUUUAGAUGACUCAAGUGAAUUCACUACAAACAAUAGUGCACGGAAAUUACAGCAAUAAAUGGACUUCAAAUGGUGAAAAUGUUGUGUAGAAAGCAAUACAUGUAACAUUAUGUUGGAAGAAGAGGUGAUGAUUCACAGAGGAGAACAUGUGACGAGUGAUAUUUCCUGUAAUGUCAUUAGAUUACAUAAGACAAGGAAGGACGGCAUGGAGCGAGCAGGUAGAGUCUGUGAAGACAUGUAAACACGCAGAAAGCAGCUAAUUAGUGCAGGUUUGAGCUUUUUAAAAACAGCGAAAGGUCUUUUUGUGAAAUAGGACGUCUGUGAACGUGAAGCAAAGCCAGUGGGAACCCACUGAACCUGGACCGGCACCACACUGGCCCGGGUCAGCCUCACAGUGUGAAAAAGGCCCCCAAACCCUCUGACUGGUCCUCCAGGGCAGGGUCAGUGUCUGGGAAAAGCAGCGGGUUUUCUUGUUUUUGUGGGCCGGAGUGAGACUUCCAGCAUAAGCAGUGUGUGAUGUUGAAGAUGAAAAUCAGCUCAAUAAUUGACCCUGUAAUAAACAACUCAACAGCAUAUAUCUGAAACACUUACUCAUACAUACGGCCUCUGUUUGAACUCUGUGAUGCUGUUUUAUUACCUCUGUGACUCAAUAAUCCGUCAAUGUUAGUCUAUCAUCUUUAUCUUUGAAAGCGUAUGACAUUUAGCUGCCGGUAGCACCAGUAAAUACGCAUUAUUCUCUCCAUAUCAAGCUCCAGUUCACAGAUCAUAUUGCGUUUAACAUUUCUCUAAACAAACAGGUCCAAAAAUGUCUCCAACUCUUGGCAGUUCGCUCUUGUUUUGCGCCUGAUGAACUGUCGGCAUCACCACUCUCUACUACUCAGAUCUGCCAAUGUGACCACGCUGAGAAGGCUGAGCCUGGGUAUUCCCAAACUGAUGUAUCUUUAGAUUAUAACAAUAAGACUAACAGUGAAGUAAUAUUAACAGACUUUAUGGAAAGAUACUGUGACUUUAGGUCAUCCAGAGGUGGAGUUUUGUCUUGAUCGAUGAAAUUUAAAGGGCAUAAAUACGGUGGUAUUUAUAUACUGUGGUAUUUGAAAUAGCUCUGCUCACUGUCUUUAAUCUGAAUCAUGUCUUAUGUGUGUUUCAGAAAUGACUGAGUGAUGUCCCAAGGAAAAAACUUUGUGGAUAUUUACCCAGAAUGCUUUGCUUAUGAGGUAAGUACGCAAUUAUGAUUUAAUAAGCUCUUCAACCCUGAUAUCUUUUAAAUUUUUUUUGCUCAUCUUGUUCCCACAAAGUCUUUUCAUUUGCGUGCAAGAUAUUAGGAAUUAAUUAAUUUCUAUUAUUUACCCUCAAUAUAUUUACAUAAUGUCUACAAGAUAGCUUUGUUGUGUACUCGUUGUGGUGGCAACUCUGUAGAAAACUGGAAUAUUACCGAGUGAACGAAUUGUGUUGCGCAAUUUUAGCAAAUCGGUUGUGGGAAGUGGAUUUAUAACUACCAGCACUACUGUAGACCAAGUUCAGCGACUGUGAGGUUAGCUGGCAGGGUGGGCUUACCCGGAAUUUCCACCACAUCUGGAAUGGCGUCGAUUUUCGCCGUCUGUCGAUUCCUACCACAUCUGUUUGUGAGGCGAAUUUCGUGGCAGAUUUCGGACAGCAGGAACCGUGAGAACUUACAAGAUCCAGUGGAUUCACGUGCAAUCGCGAGAUAACAAGUUGUCUUUAGCCACAUAGGCUAACCAUACAAGCAGUAAAUUGUGUCCUUCCAGAGGAGGAAAUCUACUUCUAGACUUCUAGAAUCAGCAUCUCUUCAUCCAUGGUGUCAUCGGGGUGAAAAUGAAAACCUUUUAGCCGGAUGUUUUAUUUUCUGUCUGUGCCCGACUUCCUUUCCAGCACGGGUUAAUCUGUGCUGAAUUUAUCCGCCCAGCUCCGAUGUCUGGAAAAAAUAGAACUCUUGCGAUCAGCUGCGAAGUUCAGCGAUCCGCAGAGGAACGGAAAGAAGCCGGUGGAAAUUGACACGCUAACUUGAACGGUUACGAUCAGCUACGAUCGUCGGAAACGGCCUUUUCGUAGCCGUUCCGGUGGAAAUUGGGGGUUAGCAGAUGGUAUGAGAGCGAGCUUCACAUCUGCAUGAAAACUUCACAUUACUGAACGCUACAUAAGUGCAUGCAGGAAUGCACAGACUCCUGGUGACUUAUAUUUUGGUUUCUAUGGUAAUAAAAAGUAGUCAACAGUUCGCUCAGUUUCUGCAUAAAUGCUCCGAAAACAAUGAGCACAGCAUCAGGAUUACUGCUCUGUGAGAAUUUCAGGUAUUUGCUGGACUCCCAACUCUUUCCUCCGCACUGUUGGGUCGGUGUAGAGUGACUGAAAAAACAACCACGUGUUUGAGCUGCGCCCCCUCACAGCCGGGAUACAGCAAAGUUUUGGUCAAACGAAAACAUCACCGCUCUGAGCGUUCUUCUGGAAACUGAAGCAGCCUCUGAGGUGGAUACCAAACCUUGUGAAAGUGGUUUUUUUAGAGAGAAUAAUGAGGAGAAAAACAAGAGGUGGGGUCAGUGUGAGGCCCGAGUGUGACAGCGGUCAGGUGGAGAGGCUGAGCAAUCCUGCUGCAGUUUGUACAGCGAGCGUUAAAACUGGUUCUCUGUAACAGCAACAGGCUGGAAAAGCAAACAGGCAGGCGGCAUGAAAGUGGAAGAAGAGGAAGAUUCGUUUGUUGUGGUGUGUGUGUGUGUGAGAAAUAGAGGUGUGUGCGUGUUACAGCGACACAGCCAGCUUGACAAAUUUUGUGUCUUUGUGCGUAUGUAUGUGUUAGCCGUGUGUGUGUGUUAUUGUGUGACCUGUAAGCACAGCUGCUUCCACCAGCACUCACAGCUUUUGUCAUUUUAAAAUUACCCCUCCUCUCUCCCUCUUUCUCUCUUUCACUCUCUCACUUUCACUUGUGUUUUCUGCUGUCUCACUUUGUGUGUUUCUGUGUGUUUGUGUGCGAGUGUGUGUUUGUGUGUGAGGCUUAUUAUGGAGACAGGGAGGAGGCUUAUUAUGAGUGCACAGUAACAGGCUUUAACACUGCCUGUCUGUCUCUGUUAACUCGACGGAUUCACUGCUUCAAAACUCGUUCAUUUGCUUUUAUUUUGAAGUUGUUUUUCUCAAACUUCCUGUGAGAAGUUUUUAGCAGGUUAUGAAACAGACAGGGAUCAAUACUGGUGCAUCUACAUUGGAAGUGGACCAAUUAUCAGGCUUGGCCUAUUUUUGGCUCCAAUUUUCGGCAUUUGGCUUUAUUAUCUCGACCUUUUUCAUUGAACAGCUCAGCCGCUAUUUUGUGUUGCUACCGCUUUGACUUUUUCUCUGACCCUGUAUACUUGCACCUUUUUCCCCAGCUAUUGCUCCGCCCACAAAACCAUUUCUGAUUGGCUCGAUAUCUCAUGACUAACAUUUGCUAAUGUUGAGGUUUAUAAUUCAUUUACUUUUUGACUUAUUGGCUGAAUUGGCAGGUAGAUCGAAAAAAAUUCACUUGCAGUGCAAAUUUUCACCGGCCACAAUCAUAACAUUAGGGCUUAAGUGCAGCUAGCUUAUUUUUAGUAUUUCGCACAAAACAGGCAGUUGAGCAGCCGUAGUUGGAGUCAACAGUUUUUAGUUACGUCCAUGUAGAUUCUCAUUCAUCCAGGUCAUGGUUAUCUUGAAGACUCCAAAAACAGGCAACUGGACUGUGUAGAGUUGGACUCUACACAGUCCAGUCGCCUGUUUUGGUCCUCAAGAGUUUUUAGUUACAUGACUAUAAUGCCGCAAAUAUUUACUGGCCAUAUGGCGCAUUGCCCCCCUAAAAUCUACCGAUUAAAUCAGUUGACACCGGUGAACCAAGUUUUGACGCACUGGUUCUGAAUAUAAAUUGCUGGUCUCAUGAACUACCAGUAACUGGUAUCAGAGUCAGCCCUGGAAAACCGAUAUCAGUCAACUCCUAGUCUGUAAGAGCAAAGAGUGUAUCAUCUGCAUAAAGACCGACUGUUUGUACAAGUCCUGAAACUGCUGCCAAAAGGUGUCAGACAGAGUGACUAACAACAGGCUGAGGACACACCUUUGUUUUAGGUUGUUUACAUGGAAAUGUUUAUAACAGACAUGGUAAACUACUGCCGAUCAUUUACACAGAAACAGCGUUUUAAUCCAAACUUUUGUGAAUGGGAUCCAAAGUGGAAGUUCUCUGUCCCAAUCCCACAUGUUCAUUACGUUCCCGGUCAAAGAGCUAAUGCGCCAUUAGACAAUAGCAUCAAUGGCGGACUAUUGAGCCGUCUUUGUCCUUUCUUAGUGCUAUCCUCUCAUUAUUUUUGUGUUUUGUAGAACCCCUUUAUGUAUUGUGUUCUUCAGUGGUGUUUCAAUAGCGCCAACUGCUGGCCUGGCACAAUCUUUUCAGCUAUCCUUGAGCACCUUGUUUGAGUGCGAAUUGAUAAUUUUGCAUCGUAAAGAUUCACAGACUUGUUUUCCUAUGUGUAGAUUUUAGCUGGUUAUAAAACAGAAAAAUUGCACUCAUAGUUCUUUGUCACCUUCAAGAGAAAACCAGACCUUCAACAUUAAGUUGAGCUACUUCUGUGUGGUGGUCUUUGACGUCUGAAACCGCUAACGGGGGGAGGGGAGGUGUCAGUUUUAGUGACUAAAAUGCUCGUCACGCUCUAACAGGUCAGUAACUGUUUCAGUUUGAUGCACUUUCGUUUCGGAUUGAGAAACCGUUGCCCAUGUGAGCACCGAUGGGAAUGUGAUGUAGAGUAUUUCACAAUUCCAUUUGUCAGCUGAUCUCUCUCUUAACAUUGGUGUUAAUGGGGAUUCCCAAACUUUUGAACUCAUCCUCUAGUGGACACUCAUGGAACUGCACCUUUUGCACUUCCACAUUCGUUUCGUUUGGGAAGAUCAAAUUUUCAAACUUUCCAACAACAUAUUGGCGGAUAAUAUAGUGUGAUUUAAAACCUCUGAAGCUACUUCAACUAUCAUCGGUAACAAGCUAACAAGCUAACAAACAGAACAACCAAAGGUGCUAACCUCCGUUUACACUCUGAGUGAAAUGUGUGAGUAGCAAACUUAAGAAGCAGUAGUUCGCUGUGAAGUGCUUUCUAGAUGUUGUUUUUAUUCACAGCUAAGAGAAAUGAAACCAAACCAGACCAGUGAUGAGUCAGGCUGACGCUGAUGUGGUGACGUGCUGCUGUCUUCUUACAGCCUGUGUAGGCAAGUUGUGAUAGUAAACAUGGCCACCAAAAGUACAUAGACACCCCUGGUUGUGGUGUGAGGCUGGUUUUGAAGGUAAGACCCCAGUUUCCAGUAAAGAGAAACUUCAAUUUUGCAUACUUCUUGACAUCAGGGUGCUUCCAACUCUGACAUGGCGGCACAGCUGUGCAGAAAGCAAAGCCCACAGAGGACUGAUCGUGGUUUUCUAUUUCAUGUGGAGGCUGAUUGAUACCACACCUUUGGGAUGAAGUUGAAGAAGCAGAGAAAGUACCUGAAGGUUCCAAAAUGUUGUGGAAAGUUCCCAGAAGAGUCAAGGCUGCCAUCAUGGUGGCUUAAUGGGGAGCUAUUUUGUAAUUCUUGUCUGAAGUUUGGUGUAAGUUUUCAUGCCCCGAAGGUUCAAACUGGUUCAGUAGUCUUUAUGGUAUUUGAGGUAGUAGUGUGCUUCAUGUGGUUGCCUACCUUCCUGGAGAACAAAACAAACAUUUGGUUUUGAUUGCAUAGAAAGUAUGGAAGACAGCAAACCGUCAGUCAGUUAAUACGUGUUGUUAUUGCCUUAGUAUGACUGAAACUGGAAUUUUAGAAAACAUGUGAACACGUGAGUCUGAAUGAAAAGUUGAACUCCUCACAGUUGGACUAACCCACUGAGCAAUAGACGGCUACUAGACUCUAGUUUUUUUUUUUAGACCUAAUUUCAACCGUCUAGAUUCUUUACAUUUUUAGAUGGAAUUUAGAUUCUACUUCUUUUGUCUUGUUUUUUUGGUUUAAAGUGGAAAAACAAUGAAAAUAGACAAAUUUAAAGACAUUUUUAUUCACUUUUUACUGUGAAUCCUGAGUAACAACCUUAAAAUACGCCGGUUUAGAAGGAAAGUCCAAAAAUAUCUGAAUAUCUUUUAAAAGAACUUAAUUUCAAAUUACUAAAAUAAAAUGUAAAAACUUUAUCAUUGUCACUAACACCUAUUAAAUAAGAAUGUAUACCAUAAAAACACGAUUAACGGAUAAAACUUUGUCUUUACAUUAAAAAAGAAUGGUUAUUUAACUCCAUCUCCCAUGAUUCCUUGCUUGAGCAUUAUUCAAACAAAGUGUUUUGUCACUUAUUUGACAGUGAGACCUUUAACAGUGAAAAAAACAUAUUGAAACUAUCCUUAAAAUGAACAUUUUAAAAAGAUUUAACUCAUUUUAUGGCAUUAUUUUUGUAUAAAAGCAUAAAAAGUUUCUGUUUUCGUCAAAUUAAGUGUAAAAAGUGCCUAAAAGAACUUAAGAGUCGUGUUAGAGUCUAAAAUUUAAAUACAACAGGUCAUGUAAAUCAUUCAGUAACAGGCUGGGAGGGAGAGGGAGAGGGAGAGGGAGGGAGUGUUUUCUACACAUUGGCUAAUAGGAGGAAAGAGGGUGAGUGUGUGGUGGGAGGAGACAGGGAGGAGUGUGUGAUUGUGUGUGUGUCUAUGUGAUGGGGGAGGGGACAGAGAAAGAGAGAGAGAGAGAGAGAGAGAGAGGAUUUGUGGCAUGUAGUUAGUCAGCUGUCAUUAGGCACAGAUGACACACACACAAACACACACACACACAUAGAGGGAGGUAAUCUCCCAGAGAAAAGAGAGGAAAUACAAACCAAGCGAGUGUGUGUCUGUGUGUGUUUGUUGUGCUGUUGUUGACUUGUGUGCAUGGUGUGAAAAACCUGUGUGUCAGCCUGGCCGGCAUGGGAUAGUCGGCCGGCGUUGGACUGGUUAUGGACUGGUUUUACCAAAGCAGAGGUGAGUAGCGACCAUCCUCCUCUUCUAGUGUGUUUCUGAUGGAUUUAAAGGGCCAGUCCGCUCUUUUUGGUGAUUUAAACGAGACUGAAACGGUUUUAACUGAAGUGUUUGAGCGACUUUUACUCAUAGAUCGGGGUGAGAAACAGCCUCAAACUGCAUUAUAACUUGUUUGACUGUGUUGAAGUACCUGUCAGUCAAUAUGGGAGUGGUGUAAAGGCAUGUGUUUUAAAUAGUCAAGCUACUGUUUUGUUUACUUUUGGCACAAGAUCACAGCUUUAGUGACACAUCAUAAAAGAAAAUGUGCGAUAAUUUUAGCGAAAAUCUCAGCUAAUGCGUUAACAGUGUGUAUUUAGAUCUUAAUAAUAAACGGCAGAGACACAGGCUGAGUCUAAGCAGGCCAACAUGAUCAUUUUGUGUACUGGUUACCACACAGUGAUGCUCACAGUUGCAUGACCGUCUUAGUCAGACCUGGACUUUGAGCUGUCAUGUAUUAUUGUGGUUUUUGACACUGUGUGUUUGAGUACGUGUGUGUUGGAGGGGAGGUGGUGGUGGUUAUGAAUGACUGGUCUCUCUCUUCCACACGCACGCACACACACACACUAACAGAGUGCACAGUCAGCAGGGCUGUAGCUGCUCUGUCACCUGAGGUCUGAGCAGCCAACUGUUUACCCAGUUUGCUUUGCUGCAACAACAACUGUUGUUCGGACUCAUUCAGGAAGAAACGGCUUCUCAACACGGACGGAAAAUGAUUCGAUCAAGUCAAUCUGCGACAAAUGUGAAGUUUGCAGCAGUUUCAGGAUGAUGAGUUGGCUCUUUUCCUGCCGUUCUUCUGUCGGAGGUGUGUGUGAAUGUUCCAUGUUGACGUGGUUUCUAAUGCACAAACUGCAGACGCUGCAUUAUUAGACUGUGUGCACGCUGAGUAUGAAAGCGCAAGUCUUCUAUCUCAGAAGAUAUCCUGUCGGUUCUCGGGGUUUUGCGAUUAAUAGUGCUGAUAGCAGAUCCUGCCGAAGUGUCUGGUUUCAUCCAGCGCUCUGUAAAGAUGGCAAAGACAAAGACAGAGUUUCGGUUGGUCUAACUCAUGUAGGUUUGUGCAAAAAAGUCCUCAGUACCAAAACCUAUACUUGUUUCAUAAACAUAGUUGGAUUUAUUCUUGUGUGUUUGUAAUUUGUACCUCCACAGCGCCAUAAUGCAAAGAAAAAUCAAGGGCUGAAGAAUAACCCCCAAUUUCCACCGCUUCCUGGGGGCCGUAUCUGCCAAUCGUAGCUGAUUGUAAUAAUUCAAGUUAAUGUGUCAAUUUCCAACGGCUUCUUUCCAUUCCGAUUCGGAUCGCUGGACUCUGCAGCUGAUCGUAAGAGUUUUAUUUUUUCCGGACGCCAGAGCAUGCUGGAUAAAUUCUGCACAGAUUAACUCUUGCUGGAAAGGAAGUCAGGCACAAAGACAAAAUAAAACAUCCGGCUUCUUUUCAAAAUAAAACACACCAUGAACGGACGAACAAGUGAAAUGUUUUUAGACGUCAUUUCACCCCGAUGACACCAUGGAGAUGCUGAUUCUAGAAGUCUAGAAGUAGAUUUCCUCCUCUGGUUAGCCUAUGUGGCUAAAAGCAACUUGUUAUCCCGUUGUUGCACAUGAAUCCGCGGGUUCUUGUGAGUUCUCACGAUUCCUGCUGUCCGUAAUCUCCCACAAAAUUGUCUCACAAACAAAUUCGGUAGGAAUUGGCGUACAGUGAAAAUCACUACUGUUCCAGAUCCAGAUGCAGUGAAAAUCCCGGGUUUAUCAUUCAACACUAUAAGUUCUCGUUGUCCAAGAUUAAUAUUCAACAAAAACCUCAAUGAAAUUCACUGAAACACAAAGACAAGCUGACCUUUGUGCAGGGAGAGUCUGUAUCUGCAGGCCCGUAGAAUGUAAACAUGCACACCAGUUGGAUUGCUCCAUCGCAGAUACCCCGGAAUCGCUUCUUUAGAAAGACAGAAUUUUAAAGAAGUGUUAACCUGCUAGUCUUGGGGUUUAUUUACAGACAGAGAGUUUUGUUUUGUACUUGUGUUGUCAUGAUAUUCAAGUCAUAAGUGGUUAGGACAUAAACUAGCUUCACAGAAGAGUCCACUUCCCCCUUCAUAGUUGCGAUGUUGGGAACACUGCACAGCACAUUUCCUUCAAUUACAUAAGAGAUAAACUCAUUGUUUUGCUUUCAAGUAAUGAUCAUUUCCCUUAAACAAGUUGACAAAAAUCUUUGCUUCGUCUUCCCUGACUCUCCUCUUUGGUAUUUUUUUCUCUGAACUUGCAGUAAAUAUGCAAAACCGUGCAGAAACAGCACAGUUUCCUGCAGUUGUUCAGCUGUGACUGUAUGUAAAUGUUCACACUGACUCGAGCUGCCAUGAGAGCAGAUAAGUCAAUCAGUGAGUUAAAGUUUGGAGUUUGACCUGCGGGCCAGUGGAGCGACCUGAGACUCCAGCAAAACCUCCGACAGUUUUUACUUUCAGUUUGUGUUUUAUAACUCUGGUCAUUACACCAGGUACAAGCUUUAGUGGAGCCCAUUUGUUGAUGAAUAACAGAAGUCAGUAUGAUCUAUUAUCAAAUACUUGAUUCUGAUUGGUCAAAACCCCAUAACAACCAGAUCAGCCAUCAUUGUAAAUCAACCAGACUCAGACGCUAACGUAUGGGAGUUGUAGUUUCUAACCAGAUUAUUGGGCCAAUAUUUGGCAUUCGGCUGGUUUCCCGUAUCAAUCUUUUGUUUUCAAAAUGAAACAUUAAAUUAAUCUUUGGUUCCACUUCUUGGUGUCUUUCACUCAGGAUCGGUCUUCCUGCACCACCUUGUGUCAUCUCAUGUUUCUGUCAACUCUUGUAUGUGACAUUAAAAAUUGCAGAGCUGGUGCAUUCGGCGUCCGGUUGAGACCACAUUUAAAUCUAAAGUACCCCGAACUUUUAGUCCCAAGAACGACUUUUCAAGGAACUUUGAGCUGUUUUUAACACCAGGUUUCUGUUUCUAUUUACAGAUGAAUUGAUCAGACCAAACAAUAAAAACAAAUGACUGUUUUUCCAUAUUGAUCUUUGAGUUUCCAUUUACUGUUGAUAUCAUAAACUAUUCUAAAGCCAUGACUUCUCAGUGGUUCACACAGCUUUAUGUCCUGAACUGCGUCAUCUAAGUUUUGAGUAUAGUGCCUGAAAGGAGAUCCAUGACCCACUUUCAUAGUUCCUUUUUUUUUUUAAAUGCCCUAAACCCCGAGCAGGGACUUUUUAAGGGGGUUAAGUGUCGCACGCUUUAAUUUAAAGUCCAAAGCCCCUGAAGUGCUCCAGGAUUUUGGGCCGAUACACCCGUCUCAUGAUCAGAACUUUCGUUACACAUUUCUUUACUCACAUUGUAAAAGAGAUUUGUGUAAAUUAGCAGAAAAUUCAUUAAUCAACAGUUUAAAGUCAUUAUUUUUAAACCGUUAAUUCCCAGAGUUGAAAAAAAACACUAAAAGCUGCAUCCAGAGUUAUUUUCUACAUCAGUGCAAAGGCAUUAGGAAGUGCGGUUCGAGGAAAUGCUGGAGUGCCUGUUCUUCCCCAUACUGCAGAUACUAUCUUAGUUUUAAAAAAUAGUAAUAAUUCAACUUUAAAACCCAGAUCUCUGAGUGCAUGUUGUCCUUAAAAACAUCAGAUUCCUGCCAAAGAAACCCUUUUGGUUACUCACCCAUAAAGAGAAGAUCCCUGAUGUGUGAAUUAAGUUUUUAAAGCUGCAAAAUAAGUGAGUAAUACCAAAUUAAUGAUGAGUUAAAACUUGUAAUUUUAAUUUGUGGUCUAUGAUGAAAACUGCAGUUCCUUGAAUGUCCACUUGAGGCUUGCGCCAAAAAGCAAAGACUCCCUAUCAAACCCCAAACAAAAAUUAUUAUCUGUACGGUUAAAUCAACCAUGUUCACAGGCUGGUAAAAACAAAAAAAUGUGUUUAAUUAUCCACCCUGAUUACUGUCACAAAACACAAAUCUUGACAACCAGUGUACCACAAAAGUUCAUUAACUUUUCAUCGAAUAUUUUCUUUUGUAAGCAGCCAUAAAAAGUUAAGGGCGGUGUUGACUGACGCCGUUUCCACCUUGGUUUCCCCAGUUUUUAUUCAUACUAACUGCAGUUCUGCAUCCUUGGUGCAAAAACGUUUCCAUUAGUUACCAAGGACGGACGGCCCUAAAAUCUGUACCGCGCCAUCUUUCUUGCGCUGUUUUCUGCACGGUGCAGUGUCAGGGUAAUGUGUUACCUCUGUGAUAGCCGUUCCCUGGUCUAACCCUUCACAUGAGCAUGAAGACGUGGAGAGGUCUGACUGAUGUUGUUGUUUGUUUUUCUGCAAGUCUGACUUCCUGUCUGUAUGUUUAAUUUAGCUCCAGGGCGACACGCUCUCUGUGUGUGAAAGCGAAAAUGAAGCUCGUCUCACACGUUCGAAUGGAUGAACAUCGGUGGAUUGGUGUGUUUUCUGCCUCUGUGUGUGUUUUUUCUGUGUGCACUUGCAGUUGAGUUAGCAUCUGGGCUAGGAUGUUCAGUGUUAUUGAUUUGUGUCUAUAAUCGAUCGGCUCUCAUGUUACAUGAAGCCGCACAUAUGCAGAGUGAUGAGCAGCUGCUGGCUGAGAAACCUGCUAACUGGCCACAUGUGAGCUGUUGAUUUCAAGUCACUUAGCUGCUCUGGACCUUUAAUCGCUUUUAAAUUAAACAGCUGAUUAAUUCACACAAGGAGGAGUCACCAAAUUAGGAUACUCAUCUUACAAAUCCAAACUCUGUCUCAUAGUCUCAUUUAAAGAAUAAUUAGCCUAUAUUUAUGGAGACUUAGGAGGUUAGGGUGGGGGUGGGUGGUCAGCCAAUAAACGGUGCUGGUUAAAGUGGGUCAAUGUGUACAGCUUGAAUUUUACAGCCACUCACUGCUCAGCACACAGAGGGGCGUUUGCUUUCAAUUCCAGCAUGUUAGUGUCAGAAAUCUGUGAAAACUUUGACAACAGCUCAGUCAAAGAGGCAAAGAGGCAUAAAAGGACGUCAUCCACUUAUUUACCCCAACAACUGAAUUUAAGAUUCUGGACAUUCAUUGGUCGACAACUUGAUAAACUCUGUAAAUAUACCCAUAAUUAAAUUAAGUUUGUGCUUUUUUUGUAGCGACAGCUUCAUCUUGGCAAAAGAAAGAUUUCGUUUUUUACUUGAGUAGUCACGCUACUCGACAAGUAAUGAGUAGUUACACUGCUGAGCUAUGAAUGAUAUUAAUUUCUUCUAAAUUAAGUAUUUUAAAAAUCGCCCUCCAAACUGUGUGUGCAAGAGAAAUCUGAUAAGAUCCAAAGCAUUUUUUAUGAACCAGCCUGUAGACGUGUUUGAUUUUACUGUAAAAAAAAAAUAUAUAGGUAUUUUAAAAUGAACGUCAAUGGGACUUCCUCAGCUUUUGGAACCAGCUUCUAGUGGACACUUGAGGAACUGCAAUUUUCUACACUUCUUUUUUAUUACAUUAUGAGCUGCCACUUGGAUUAACAUAAAAUUUAGAGUUUCAUUCAGCCAUCAUUUAAUAGAAACUCUUAUAUAUGAUAAAUAUACAAUUAAAUGAAAAGGUUUUUAUUCAGUCAGUAACAAAGAGGUUUCACUGGAUUUAAAACUUUGGUUUCCAGACUUGACCGGAGACUUAAACUACCAUUGUUGCUCUUUUUCACUAUCCAGCGUAUUAAUAUCAAUCAUCUUAAGACAGAAUCUUAGUUAAGCUCCAAAGAUUUGUUUAAGCAGCUUAUCGUAAAUAAUCCCGUUUUUUGGUUGUGACUUUUUUUUUGGCUUGGGGUGGUUUUUUCAGUUUUGGUCUUUUUGGUGGAAUUAGCACAAAACCACAUGUGCACAAACAGCAUCAAGCUAACACCAAAUAUAUCAAAUGAAAGGUAGAUGAGGCACAUUUAGGAAAGUCCAUUUUAAGUGGAAGGUGACUGACAAAAUCUAAAAACCCUUUACACUUGUCCGUUCUGAAUUGGUUUUGAUAAAAGACAGAAGAGAAUCUAGUUGCUUAAAAUUAUAUUUUCAAUAUCAGCAUGAAAAAUAAAACAAUAUGAUAAACAGAUUUAUGAUAAAAUCCACUCAGUUUGUGAGACCGGCAACUUUCUGGUACAAACUCUGUGUUCCUGUGGCUUUUUAUCCUGCAAAAAAGAUUGGUGUAUUUGUAGAGACUGUCCACAUUCAGUUCUUUAAAAUUGAGGGUACUCGGUGGUGAUUUAGGUAUUAACUUUAGUAGCGUAGUGCCAUUAAUCUUGAGGGCCAACAACGACCCUUUGAAGGCUGUAUCACUAAUCACAUGACCCAUAAAGACAUAAUACUUUGUCUCAUGGUGAGGGUGAUCAAAAGAGACAUGGAAAAAAUUACUGUAAUAAAGUUUGUUAUCAACACAAAAAUGCCUACUUUCGAUUAAAAAUUAAUUUAAUGAUCAGAAUUGAUAAUGGCAUUUGUAUCAAUAAAAUCUCAGUAAUUCACACCCAGCUAAAUUUUGCAUAGAUUUCUAAGAUCUGCAUUUUUGUUUUGUCGCACUUCUUGUCUUGUCAUUCAAAGCUGUAUAUAAUGUUAGUUAACUUGGUCUAGAUUAGAUCAUGUUGUUGUUGGUGCUUCACCAAAGAUACACGGCCAGCUGGAUCAACCAAACGCUUGUCGUCCUUAGCAACAGGCUGUAAGCCACGGACCACAAAGCCACGGGCUCAGAGCGGCAUCACCGCGACACCAAACAGCAGAGAUGUACAUAAAGAGAUUGGACAUAUUGACGUGGACGCACUGAGAUGCACUCACAUGGACACAGACAAACACGCCCGGCGUGGAUAUGAUGCAGGCCCUCCAGUGUGGGAGAAGCCAGUGUUCUUAAUCCAGCCUCAGCAGGGUAUUAAAUCUACUUUAUGUUAGUGUGUGACGGGACGGUCCGCUGGCUUAGACAGAAGCUUAGAAAGCAGAGAGAGGAGGAUCCAGCCUCUCCGUCACUGCUGUCAGAGCCGUCAUGUUUACAUCCUCUAGGUGCUGAAUAUGAUCCUCCUUUUAUUAGUUUGUUUUCUAUUAAAAGAGGUUAACUCUCCUCCGCAGGAAUACAGACCUAAAAUCAAGACUGGAUGGUAGCAGUCUGUGUGUCGUCUCAGGGCUUUUUAAUUGAUGUCCAACACAAUCAGGCCACCUCUCCUUAUUAGAUUCCUCAAUUUACCGAUAAUUAGCUUAUAAAAAACGUCGACACGCAAAGGCGGUCUUCUUGAACACAUCCGGUUUGGCUCUGUUAGGGUUGUUAACCCUUGGCUGAACCUAUGGCUUGGAUUGACUGUCCUAUACCGAGUGCCAACGAUAUAAUGCUGCUAGACAUCAGCGACCUAAGCGUACUGUAAUGUCUCAGAACUUCUGAAUUAACAUGUAAAAUGUAAAUUAAAAUAGAAUUUGAUCGUCUGCAAAUCAUUGUAAAACUCAUGAGUCAUGGGUGUGCUUUUUUGGGCUUGUUUUUAACUAGUAUUUACUUAUUUGAAGGUUUGCUUUUCAGGACUGGAUGGUAGCAGUCUUUGAGCCCUCAGGUACCACUGUGUAAUAAACAGAUGUAACUUUGUAGUGGAAAUCACCACAUGGGCUCAAAAUCACCUGUGAACACAGCUUAGGUUAAAACUUUACCAUGAAAAAACAAACUUUUGGACAACGUGCUUGUACGAUUUGAAAUACAUUGUUUGGAUUUCAUGGAAUCUAUGAUUCAAUGAAGAAUUUACAUGAUUAUGGUGGAAAACAGAUUUCCCCGUAUAGAGUUUCAGUGGAAGGAUCAAACAAUUAUCAAGAUGCUAUACAAGUGUGUUGCUUUUAUUUUGAAAACCUAGCCGUUGUUUUAUUUCCGUUUGCAUUUGUGAACAGAGACAAGUUUAAACAUUGGCAAAAUAUAUGUAGAUGCCUUAUAGUUGCCAAGUUUGCUUAUUAUAAACGACUUUAGGCUUGUUUCUGUCAGAAGUCACUUGUAAAACUCCUGAGUCAUGGGUGCGCUUUUUUGGGCUUGUUUUCAACUCGUAUUUACUUAUUUGGGUUUGCUUUUCUGUAUGUGUGAACCCCCUGAUUUGAAGUUGAAGUUAUUGUUGGUUCGGCCCUCCAAUACAGUCCGGGUUUCUCAUGUGACCCCAUGUAAAAAUUAAUUGCCCACCCUUGGUUUAGGUGAUAGAAAGCCUGAGUAUACAGGAGGAGUCUUCAGUGAGGGUGAACUUUUACCCCCAACAUACAAGGAUUAUCCAACGCUAGAAAAAAAACCAAACAACCAAGAUGUGCAGCUAAGGGUAUAAAGUCGUAGAGCAACAGUUUGGAUUUCAUGGAAUCUAUAAUUCAAUGGAGAAUUCAUGAUUAUGGUGGAAAACAGAUUUCCCCGUACAGAGUUUCAGUGGAAGGAAAACACAACAAGCGUAUCGAGGGAAUCACUUAUAAACAUAAACAGCAGUUCUUUUGUAACCGUUAUAGUGUUACACAAGUUCUGACUGAACCUUUACAUCGAAAAGAGAUGGUACUCCAACUUUUCUUCUCUAACUUGUACCCUCUUAGUGUUUGCUGUUAAAUUAUCAUCUGUCUGUUCACUUAAACAAUCCUAUGAGGAGUUUUUCACUGAGAGAUGACUACAAAAAUGGACGCAUCUGUUCAUCUGGUUGUUAAACACGACUGAAAAUGAUCAUCUGUUAAUGUCGUUCCCGCUCCUGCCCGCUCCUGUUGCUUUUUUUUCCCGUCCUGAUCCCGAAAAAUGUCAUCUUCUAAUUCCCACCCCUAAAUUUCAGUGCAGAGUUAAAACCCACCAUAUUUUAAAGUUUACUACAAUUUGAUCCGCCUUGAAAGUGUAGAGGAGUAGAAAUAUAGAAUAAAAUCAAUAAGAAAUACUCAAAGAUAAAAUGCAAGUUUCCAGCUCUAGAGUUAUUGUACUCAGUUAAACCCACGGAGUAUUCUUGGGAUGACAACUCUGACAUUCAACUGAUCAGUACACAGAAAACUCAUCACAAAGGUGUUGUUGUAUGUCGAUGUUUUCCACCAUCCCUGUAAAAACACAUUAGCUUUAAUUGUGUGCUGUCAGUCGUUACAUAAGGCUGCGUGGUCAGUGUAUUUUUUUUUUUUUUACACAAUCCAAACCUUAAUUAUUCUGCGAGCCGAAGCCUAAAGGAUGAGUCACCGCUUUAAUAACAGCCCAUAGUGUGCUUUACUACCAUGACAACUAUCAUUUUGUCAGGGUAGGGCUUUCAUGCAAAUGGUGAUUGUUGGAUCUCUCCAACUCUCCAACAUCCAUCCAGGAGUCUGCAGCGUCUCUGCUUCCACAAGUUCUCCUUUUGUAAUCAUUGUCCUAACACUUAAUCAUAAUUAAAGAGGUCAAACCGCUGCCUUAUUCUUCCUCUCUUUUUUUUUUCCAACCUGACCUCUAUCUGUCUGUAAUCUGACACACACACACACACACACACUGUACCUGCUCCUAGUCUCCUGGAGCUUGCCAGGAAGUGGAUUUCCAGGAAUAAUGCUUGAAAGCUGAACAGGUCAGGAAGUCAGAUACAGGUUCAGUGAAGCCGUCAAGAGUCCUUAUUUGCAAACUUUAUACUCUUUAUACGUCACAUGAAGUGAAAUAUUCAAAGUUUUAUUGAUGAUUUUGUUUAUUGUCCAUGAAAAUUCAAAAUCUCAAAUUUUCACUCUUGGGAUAUUAUUUAAGAUCAGACUGCAGGGGCCGUGUAUAAUCUAGUAAACGAGUCAAUAUAAAAUUCGAAAACGAACACUAAUUAUUUUAUUUUCUGUAUAACCAAAAAAUAAAAAAUUGUGUUUGUUUUCAUAUUUUCAGAUACCAAAUAUUCCCAAACAACUACAUUAACUUUUGACUUGAGUUGGGACAAAGUUUUGCCGUUUUAUUCAAGAUUCAAUCUUUUUAAAUGUCAGUUUCUGUUCAUGUGUAAGUACACACACAGGAACCGAAAAUUACAGAUAAUUUAUUAAAAAUAUAAAAAAUACAAUUGAGAAAGUAGAUUAAUUAUUUUGUUUUUGUUUCCUUCUGUAUUAUAUAUUCUGUUUUGAACUGAAAAUUUAAAAACAAACACGUCAAUAGCGCGUUGAGGUUACUUUUAGGUUGGAUAUCUGACGGACAUUCUCUGAGGAUCUACCGGUGUCUUCGCACUCUUCAUAACUGGGAAUAAUAACAGCAGCGCGGUUAAAUCUACUCGGCACUCUCACUGUCAACGUUGGGUGUUAAAUAAGGGACCAUCAAUAAAUUACCAGUUGAUUUAUUUAUUUAUUUAUUUUAAAAAUGCUGUUUUUCUUCAAUAGCUUCCAUGUCAUGUGACCAAAAGACCUAAAAUUGAUUUCAAAUAAUAGUACUAAGGUUGGACAAUAAGACACACCUCUUUAUUUCCCUAAUUUGUCCUCUAAAAAUUUUUGUGUUAAAUUUAAAGGCAAAUUUUUCACAUUUUCUUCAAUAGCUUCCAUGUCAUGUGACCAAAAGACUUAGAAUUGAUUUCAAAUAUUCAUACUUAAGUCGACCAAUAAGACACACAUUAUUUGAUCAAUUUUUGUUGUGCCCCUAAAGUUCUUGGUGUGCUGCUAGUGAAAAAAAAAAGUGUCAAGCCCUGUAAUACUGUAAGAGAGCGGUUAAUGUUGAAUAAAUGAAUAAAUAAAUCUUAUUAAAUCAAUUAUUAAUUAUUGAUUAGAUCUAGAUUAUUAGACCUGUGGCCAUUCAUGUUAAAACUAAAAUACAAUGAUGCUUAAAACAUUGGGGUUUUUUUGCGUGAAUUUGCCUUUUUCACUUAUGUAACUUUUUGACAGUGACCUACUUUAUUAAGGCGCCGCACCUGUCGCCGUGAGAGAUGGACAUGAAGGUGUUUUGAGGUAUCUUGGGAUCUGAUAGGUUCGGAUCCAUUCACAGACAGGUGAGCAGGAUAAAGCACACCUGUGAACUCGUUACCUUUUCUGUCGUGUUGUUGUUGUUGUUUUUUUUUUCUAGAAACCCAUAACAAAGAGCAGAGAGAGGCGCUGGUUUCCAUAGGAGACAGAGUCCACUUAAGCAGGCAGAGAUCGAUCCUGCGCUUUAAUUCCUUAAUGGCCGGUUUGACCCUCAGGCCUCGUCUCUUCUCUGCAGCUCAAAUUGUUUUUAAAUGGCUUCACUCUGCGAAGCUCCCGGCUCCUCUGAUUGUAUUAGCGCUGGCCUGAACAGAGCAGAGGCUUUUGUCCCGAGUUACAUUAGUGUUAAUUCAUUGUGUGUGUGUGUGUGUGUGAGUGAGUGUGUGUAUGCAGGCCCAUAUGUGUCUCUCCAUAUGUAGGUGUUUGUAAGUGUAGACACGAGUGUAUCUGCUUCUGGCAUCGACUGUUUAAAUAAUCCGGUUUGUGAGUUCGGCAGCUCUUUGUGUGUUAGAGAGAGACAGUGUGUGUGUGUGUUUGUUUGUGUGCGUCUUUCAUGCAGCAGCCAUGUUGGCGAAUGUUUGUCGCCUGGAAACAGCUGUACGCUUCUGUUAAAGAUGUUGGAAUAGAUUUGUCAAGAGUUUGUGGUGGACUUUAGUUCCAGGUCUGAUACCGCAAACUAGACCUGUUCCAAAGGACUGAGGAGGGACUCUCAUUUACCGCAAGCAGACAUGUUGUUGUUGUUGUUGUUGUGUUUGUCUCUGGGAGGGUGUAAGGACUCAAGGAGAAGGAAGUCAAAGAGGAAAGUCUUAUGGUCCAACAAAGAGGGUCCCCAUGAUCCACAUCGAAUGAUCAGACACUUGACCUGAUUUAUUGAACUUUUUCUCGUUUUCAGCGUCCCGAUCAGCCUCUUCUUCCUCUCCUCUCCUCUCCUCUUGUUCAAUCAGGUCAUUUUCUCCUCCUCCUCCAUCCUCAGGCCUGAUUAUUUAGAGCAACAGAUGCCCUUCCUCCCAUUUCCUCCCCAUCCUCGCUCACUCCUCUUAUUUUAUAACAUUUCCACUCGUCUGCUUGAUCUGUGUGAGAAAAUAUUUCACAUUUGCGCCGAUAAGCCUGUUGUUCAACCAUCUGAUCCUCUCUUCCACUUUUCCUUCUGUUUUCCAUCCCUCUCUCUCUCUCUUUUUUUCCUCACCCACUCUCACUCAUCCUUCUUGUUUUUCUCUCCCAUAUCCCAUUUUCCUCACUUCGUCUGCUCAGUGUCAGCCCCUCCGACCGGCUCUUAUGUAACAGUCAGGUGAUGUGUUGGCCUGUCAAAAGGCCUUAAAGGCCUACCAUCCUCUCAGACACGGCCUCUCCCUGAUUGUAACCGCUACACUAAUCUCGCUCUCUUUCUCUCUCUCUCUCUCUUUGUGAAUUUUCCCAUAAGUGAAAUUUUCUGGCGUUCAAAAGCACCAAAUCUUGUUUCAGCUUGUAAUCCUGUCAGAAGAUAAUCUGCCAGUUUGCCCUCAUAACUUACUAAACCUUUAUUCAGUAACCAGCUUAGUUGAGAAAUCAUCGUGUCGGAGCCGUUUCCAAACUGUGCAGAUAAAGUCAUUUCGAACUGUAAGGCUGUGAAAGACUCUGAAUUGUGUCAGUGGGAUUAGAUUUGGCUGCUGAAUGUGAAACUCCUUAAAGCUCAUUUCCGCUCUGAAUUUUUACGUUUGCAUUUCUUGGAAGAGUCAGCUACUCAGAAGCAAAGAUCUGGUUUACAUCUUCAGCCAAUUUACAAUGAAGUGGUGCCUGUAAUAUCAACUUUGUUACAUAAAAUCAACCAGAAACUUACUGUGCUGGAGCUCAUAACAGCUCAGUUCGCAGCCCCCAAAGCAUUAUAAAAACUAGGGGUGUCCCUGAUCUGAUAUUGAUAUUGGAUAUCGGUCCGAUAGUGGCAAAAAACAAAUAUUGGAUUAUAUCGGCCUGCAUCUAAAAUCUCUGAUACAAGCACUCAGAUACAAACAGUCCAUUCCAGACUCCACUCCGCUUCUAUCCAGCAGUGUUCGGAUCCAACAUGAAGAGCCUACAAAAUUUGAUAACAACAGUGUGUAUGAGUGAUGUAACGAGUGGCAAAAUAAGUAGGAGUGAUGUCAAUAUCGGUAUCGGCAAAUACCAAAGGCUACAAUAUCAAUAUCCUAUGAAAGUAAAAAAGUUGUAUCUGGACACUCCUAAUAAAAACAGUUGGACAGAUGCUAGUAACGCACCAAAACUGUUUCAGUCUGAAUUUUUUUGACUAGUUUUGACCACGGGGAAACUUCAAAAAAUACUUUCUGUCCAGUGUUGUUUUCGUUGACGAUGAUGCCCCUUUUUUCCACGAUGAAGACGUGACGUUGACGAGCUAAACGUAAGUCUUAGAUGACUAAAAUGUGAUGAGAAGAAUGUGCGUUUACGUUGACGAGACGAGACUAGACGAAAACGUUAGUGGUGGACGACGAACAGAGUUCCAAAAUUCAUGAGCAUUUCGUCAGUCAAAUGCUUAACAUACAUUCUGCAGUGUUGUUUUUGUUGACGAUGACAUUGACGAAAUAUUUUCAUCGUCAAGGAAAACAAUGUUGUUUCUGUCAAACGACAACGACAUGCUAAGUGUAAGCUUGUAGAAGCUCAGCUCUCGGCCCCCAAAGCUGCUGCAAACUACUGGAGAAACACCGAUUUGUCCACUUAUACCGAUUCUAUCUGUACUUUUUAUGAGCUUUAAUUAUAGAGAUUGUCUGUUGGUACAUUUGCAUGCACAGUGAAGUAACAGAUGAUUUAAUUGAACUACUUUACUUGUGCUGGUGUACAGCCAAUGAGGGAGAACUUGAUCUGUUAUAUGACUUAGAUUCAGUUUAAUGGUACAGGAUGUGGCGUCAUCACCCUUUUCAGCUAGUUACAUCACGACCUUUUACAUCACGUACCAAAACAAUCAAUAAACAGGGUUAGCGGGAGGUUAAUAGGUUAUAUGUGAAAGACAAGUUUUUGUAACAUCUGGUUAACGUACUGUGGGGAUUGAAAUCUUCAGGGUACCAACAAAUUUGGCCCACUUAGAAGUCUCUGUAUUCUGGAGCAUCGCUGUGACUCUCCAGAUCUGUCUGGUUGUGAGGCCUCGGUCAUGACAGUGAUGUUCCAACUUUAAAAAUCUCAUCCUAAAUUAAGGUCAAUAUGAUAUUUAUAGUUUUCAGACUUCGAUUUGCUCAUUUUUGGAGAAAAGGUGCAAAGAUUUCCUCACCGUAGGAAGAAUUUGUCCAGUGCUGAUCAUAAUGACGAGGUCUGUUAUCAUUUUUGAGUAAAAGUGAAGCAGCAUAAGGGAACCAUAUGGUGAAUCUGCCCCAGACGUUUAACUUUCCACUCUCCUCUUUUUGUUCUCACACCAAACUCUCAGGAAAAUAUGAACAGGAGGAUUUGGCUCGGAUGGUUCAGACUUCUAUAAAAGGCUGUAAACCCGUUGGCAGAAAUGCUCAUGUUCGAGCUGUGUGAAUGCCUACAUGAAUUUCUAACUGAAGUAAUUAUUGACACUCUCUGUAUUCCCACUAGGCCUCCCACAUAUUGCCUGCAGGCACACCACAAUGGUACAUUGUUUUCAUGAGUCAUGAGCACACUCCCAGUUUGAUCAUGCUCCAUUCAGACAGAUUGUGUACAUCUUGGGCACAUUAUUUCUUCUCCACAUGAAUAAUGUGGCUGAUAAAGCCGUGAAGCUCGCCGAGUGUGGAGAAGAGCACUUCUCUCCGUGAGUGGUCUUGGUUUUUAAUGCGCACGACGCUCGGCUGCGCUCGGCUUCACAGGAUCAAUGCAUGUAUUACAGCGCUGAGUUUACUGUUUUGCACAUCAAGAGAGGUAUACGGGGUUUAAUGCAUCAUUGUUAUUGUAACAAAAAGGAUCACGAGCGCAAACUGUAAAGUGCAAAUAAACUCGGAGGUGUCAGAAGCUGAGUUUCUUGUUUUGCUCUGAAGAGUGACUAAAUAUUGUGACAGCAACCUCCGGUAACUGAUCUACAUUUGCAUUGUUCAAACAGAUCUGCAAACAGCUGCUUCUGCUGCUUUAUCGCCACGAUGGACUCGUCUGUUUUAACAGAAGUUUAUUUACUAAAAACAUCAACUGUAUGACUCAUUUUGAAGAUAUCGAUGGAUUCAUUCAGACUGAAAACGCUAUCUUUCUCUUUUUUAUCCUCCCCAGGUGCUGAUAUUUGCUGAAGAUGAGUAGUGGGGGUGGAAACACCCCAGAGACCCCCAGAGGGGGGGAGUCUCUGAAGAGGAAGGACUGUCAGUCGGACCUCCUGGGGCCGAGGUGAGAACCUGUAAUCUCAGUUCACAGUCUCGGUAACAAAACCUCCUCCUGCUUCCCCUCCUGCUCCCCUCUCUCCUCCCGCCUUAACAAUCGUUCACUCUCCAUUAUCAUAUUUAUAUGGUUUGUAAUGAACCUUAAAGACACAUGGUCAACUGUAUCAAUUAGAGGUGUAGGUAUCGCAAUUUUUUGUUUUACAAUUUUCAAAUAAAUUUUAUGUUCAAAAAUCGAAUCUCAAAAACCGACCUUCAUGUGAUGUGUAUUUUUGGGGAAAUAUGGUUCCUGGAAUAAUACAAUCAUAAUUAUUCAACUGUUUCACUAGUGUUAAAAAUGCAGACUAAAGAUCGAGAAAAUCAACAAUAUCGUAGAAUCGCAAUUUAAAUCGAAUCAGCAUCCAGAAAAUCAUAGAAGAAUCGAAUCGGGAGAGAAGCGUAACGUCCCAGCCCGAGUAUCAAUCUGGAGCAGGUUAAAAAGUUAAAAACGAACUUAAACUCAGGCGAUGUUUCCGAAUAAACUCUUAUUGCAAAUGUUUAACGGUCUGUGCGAGAGUUUCCACACGACAGUAAACAACAGUGUUGUCGGCGUAAAAAUGUAACAAAGCUUCUGAUACAUUUUUCCCUUGAUUAGACACAUAAAUGGUAAACAGAAGGGGACCCAGUAUAACGCCCUGUGGCACACCUCUGUCAGAUACCAUAUUAAAGCAUAGACAGUCAAAAUUGAGAUUCUGGAGCUUCUGGUUGUGAUGGCCGUCAUUUAUUACCAAACAGCUAUGAUACUUCAUCUUCUUAUAUUUAAUGUAAACAACAAAUAUCCUUAACUUAUUUUGAACUAGCAAAUGAAAAUGUUCUUUUAUUCAGUGUGAGAGAGAGAGAAAAAAAACAAAGAAGGGAGAGAAAGAAGGGGGAGGAGGAGGUUUGUUUGAAAUGGGACGAGGCCUCACAGGUCGAUGAGGAAAAACUGCUGUGGCGGCAUUUUUACAGCCGACAGUUUAUACAGGGGGGCUUACAAGUCGUUGUUCUUUCAGUGUCCAAGAGGAUAUAUGAAGGUCGGAGUGACGGAGGACUGAGUUUUAGUGCGGCUGAGGUUGAAAUGAGGACAAGUGGACGGCGUAGAUGGAGUUGUUGUGAGGAUAUGAACAUGCAGUAAGAAAGAGGCUGUGAAAAAGGGAAUAAUUACCUUCUCCAAAGAAGAAGAAGAAAUUAAGCAUUUUCAGCCGUUUGAUUCGAGCUGCUGAUGUCUCUCAGACGAGCCUUCCAUCGUCGCUCCCAGUCAAUCCGAUUCACCAUACAUCCCGCCAUGUCAUUGGUACUCUGAGAAAAAAUCCGGAAUGGAAGGAAAGAAAUAAUGGCUUACAUUUCUUUCCAAAUCAACACAACAAUUUAUACGAUGGUGACUUUGAUUUGUGUUUCAAAAGAGUUGGGACAGACGGGGUCAAAAAAACACUGAAAAAGUUGUGUAAUAGAAGUAAAACCUGGAGGGGAAUCUUUCAGUUAUUUACAACCAUUUAGUGACACGAGGGGCUGAGGCUCAAAGAAGAAGAAGAAGUUCACAACUCUGAGAAACUUUUCAGAGAAUCUGGAGAAAACUAAAUAAAAGGGACGAGGCUGAAAAUCAGAAAUCAACAAAUAGAGAAGAUUCACAAAUACAAGAUAAAGCUUUACCGUGCAAAGAGGAAGUUGUACCGUUGAUAUUUCACAAUCUUGAUCCAUGAUUUCCAAGAUGUAAUUUCACAUUCUUCUUGGAAAUCAUGGACGAAUCAUGGAUGGCUCUGGAGUAGAAGAGUCCUGCUGCUAAACUGGUCUUCUCACAAGUCCGUAAUUUUUUCACACUUUGGCAUUUUUGGCAUCAGACAAGUGAGGAAAUCUUUGAGGGACUAAAAAGUAGUUUGGCUAAGAUACAGAAAGUGGAAUUUCAGGUGUGUAAAUACAUUUCUAACCACCUUCUUUUUGUCCUCCAGCCCAAAGAGGAGCACCGAGAGGAGGAACCGGGAGCAGGAGAACAAGUACAUCGAGGAGCUGGCCGAGCUGAUCUUCGCCAACAUCAACGACAUGGACGACCUGAACGUCAAGCCAGAUAAAUGUGCCAUCCUGAAAGAGACGGUGAAGCAGAUCCGGCAGAUCAAGGAGCAAGGUGAGGAUCUAUUUCUGUGUGAACGUGUCCGAACCUCCGCUUUAUUCCUUCUCUCUCUUUCCCCUCUGUAAAUCACCUCUCUCCUCUCUUUCUCUUCUUCUACUCGCUCUCUCCGUUCCUGAGGUCAGCCAGUCGGCGUCCCUGUGUUUUAGCGCUGUUUGUGUCCGAAAACAACAGCUGAAUAAGCACACGCGUGCACUCAUAGAUUACACAAAAGUCACACAGCUGUCGCCCGGCCUCGGUGUUUGACUCAGGACACGAGAUGUAUCGAAACAAAAGUUGGAGAGAAGUCACUUUAGAGGAAAACAACUUAUAAAACAACAUAUUAAUCAGUUUGAGUCAUGAAAUCAGCUGUUUCCUGAUGGUACGCUGCAGUAUCUAUUCAUAAAUGUCAUCCUAUGUGCGCCGUUGUAAUCAUAAAGCGUUCUGAAGUGUGAGCUGUGUUGCAUAAAUCAUAUUACAGAGAGUUACACAAGGAAAUCUGACUAAGAGGAUUAAAAAUGGAAAUUAUACGUUAAAGUCCUUUAAGAUUGUACAACGGUGACGGCAGGGUGAGAGUCUCCUUCGUGUUUCCAGGACAGAAACACUGGAAGUGGGCGGGGCUGAGGGUUCGACAGCGUGCUGUGAAGUUUAGACACAAACGAAAGACUUUGUGUUCUGAAAGUAGGGCUGGGCGAUAUGUCCUCAAAUCAAUAUCACGAUAUAUUGAUCAGUUCACCUCGAUAACGACAAAUGGACGAUAACUACUCCACAAGAUGCUCACCCCCUCCGACAUGAGCGUUGUCUACUUCAGCCGCUACAACUUUUAAACCGUCCUCCAUCUCCUCAUCUGUCUGUCCCUCUUUGUAGGACAGCGUCUUAAAGGGACAUGAAACCAUAGCCUACCUACACACAUUCAAAAACAACUUUGAUUUAUUUAUUUAUCUGACACCAAAUAUACCAAUAUGGGCAAAAUGACGUCAGCUAUUGUCGUAAAUUUUGGUCAAGUCAAAGUUUAUUUAUAAAGCACCUUUAAAAGACAGCAGUCUGACAAAGUGCAAAGUGUAAACAAUAAAAAAUUAAAUUAAAAACAGUAGAGUAAAAUACAGACAGUAAAAGAAUAAAAGCUACCGUGGCUAUAAUUCCUGUGUGCUCGUUUAUUCAAUGCAAUGGAGAAAAGGUGGUUUUUUAAGAUGAUUUAAAAGACUCUAAAUGGCACGUUACGCACCACGUCCCCCGUGUUGACAUCGGCGCUGCUACACUUAAUAUGUCCUGUUGAUGAAGUUAGGUGCUGUUCUGAACAUUAUUUGUGGCUAUAGAGUGGCGUUGUGGUUGAGCGCGUGGCUCUCUGUAUUUCUAUCCUUACUAAAGUUGGUAUAACUAGAGAAGCAAGCAGUCGACAACAUUCAUCUCUGGAGGGGGUGACUAACUCGGUGUUUCGGUGUGUUUGACCCUAAAUUAAUUUUACGCCGGAAUAUCCCUUUAAUGCAGUGAUCCUGAAGGCUUGUCUCCCUUUUGAACAGAGAUCCUCUGAAUGUUUUCUCAUGAUGUCUCACUCUGUAGAUGAUUGAAGGAACGUUUUUCUGAAGUUCUCACAGAGUGGUGGACCUCCUCUUAGAGACUCAUCCUCUCUGAAUGUCGUUUUCAUACCCAGUCAUGAAUCUCACUUGUUGAAGUGAUUAAAGUGAUUUUAAAGCCUUAGAGUCUUUGUUAAUCAUCAUCACAGACGGCGCUCCAGCUGUUUUUGUAUAUUUAUCGAUCUUCAGAUCAGGCAGACUGCGCUCCAACACCCUCUCACCUACAUGUCCGCGGCGGCUCCAGAGUCCACUACAGCGACUGAUGACUCUCUGUUCAGCUCUGGUCCCACUACAGGAAUGUCAGCUAUGUGGCCUAAUGGGGCCAUGGGAGGCUUAACAGUCAGUGGUCCAGCCUGGGAGGAGAGUGAGAACCGGACUCUAGAUUUGUGAGUGUCGUACCUGCUGUCGACACAGGUGCACAAACCCGCAAGUGCAUCGUUACAUCAGGUGUAGUCGAGGGUGUGUGAGGGAUCGGCCAAUGAUCAGUGAAGGGUCUGUGUGUGUGUGUGUGUUUGCUCGAGGGCGACAUCAUCACAAAAACAACACUGUCAGUGUUUUCCGGGAAAAGAAAAUAACUGCGAAGAGGCCGAGUGAAAAGAUAACGGCGCCUCGUUCUGCCUGAGUCUGUCUGUGAUCAUCAGGAGGAACUUCUUCUUCUCCUCUGAACACAUUGAAGGUGUUUUUAACCCCCUCUCCUCUCAUGUCUUACAGAAAAAGCUCCAGUGGCUGAUACCGAGGAGGUGCAGAAGGCCGACGUCUCCUCCACAGGACCGGGUGUCAUUGAUAAAGACGCCUUGGGGCCCAUGAUGCUGGAGGUGGGUCCUACCAAACUUUAGCGUCCCUGUGUUAUCUCACCGCGGGGAGUCUAAAGGUCGGCGUGAUAGCACAGAGGCCUGAGAUUGACCCGCUGUACAGUACUCUGUUUUUUUUGAUAGUUGAAAUGUGUCAGGACGAGGGUUACCGUGAGAACAGAGCUUUAAUUUUCUGAUUCAUUACUUCUGUCACUCUAUGGUACUCGUCCGCUGCUGCUUUUGCUUUAUUCUGGUAGAUAUAGGUUGAAAAUGUGAACAUAGAUCUGCCUUUUUGUCACUUUUCGAUGCUACGAAACGCAAAAAAACACAGAUCAGGGCUUGACACUAACUUUUUAUAGAAAGAGUACAUGUGCAAAGAACUUCAGGGGCAAAAUAAAAAUUGAUCGAAUCAUGUUUGUCUUAUUGGUCGACUUCAGUACUAUUAUUUGAAAUCAAUUUUAGGUCAAUUGGUCACAUGACAUGGAAGCUAAUUAAGGAAAACAGCCUUUUCUGAGAACAUCAACCAGUAAUUUAUUGACGGUCCCUUAUUCAACACCCGACGUUGACAGCGAGGAUGCCGAGGAGAUUUAACAGCGCUAUUGUUGCUAUUCCCGGUUAUGGAGAGUGAGGAGACACCGGUAGAUCCUCAGUGAAUGUCCGUCAAAUAUCCAACCUAAAACUAACUUCACCGCCGUAUUUACAGGAAAAAACAUUUGUUACCUCAGCUAAUUUUUUAUGUGCACAUGUGACCCUAAAUACAUUUUGCAAUUUGCACACAUCUAUUUUUAGUAGCAAAUGCGAGUGAAACGGUCGAGUCCUGCAGAUGAUAUUCUUUUAAAUUGAGUCACUGAGUGUAUCUUUAAAUGAGAGCCGCCGGAGCGUCUCUCUGACUUUAAAUGGCGUUGUACUCUGCAGCCACGCAGAACGAGAUAAGAGCUCCUCUGGUUAGCAGCCCUGCCGUCAUCAAGCCAACCUGUGUGUGUGUGUGUGUGUGUGUGUGUUUGUGUGUCCACGUGUGUGGUGACGUAUAACAUGGGACCCAAUGAGGUAUAAAUACCUUAACUUAAAAGCCAGAUUAGCAAAGACAGGGAGGAGCCUGACCACAGACACACAGACACACACAUUAACACAGACACAUAUUAACACAUACGCACAGGUUAUAUUUAGCUUCUAGCAGCAGAGGUAAGCAUAUGUGAGGUACCAAUCUAGUCAUUUUAGAUCUAUAGGACUCCUCUCUGUGUUACAAUGAUAAGCAGGUACACACAGCACAGGUAAAGGUGAACAUUAGGAGGAGGAGGAGGAGGAGGAGGCUUGUGCAGACAUGUGCAGGCUAAAGGACAAAUCACAGUCUGUUCAUAUACUAUAGAGGAAAAACUGCUGAGCUGACAAGAAUGAAAGAAUGGAAACACAUGCACAAGCACACACAUGCACACGGCCGAAGACGUACACUUGCUUUAAUGCUCCAAUUAUAAUGCAGGACACAGUUUUAUAAUGUUGUGGUAUAAUGAAGGAGGUUUGUGCGGAUAUAUUGUCCCAGUAAUGAUGUGUAAAUUUGUCGGCCUCUGCUGCAGCGAAUGUUGUAGGGAAGUGAAAAUUUAUCAGAUCUGAAGGUCAGUAUCUGCAUUUGUUUUAAAAACUGUUGUAGCUUUUUUUUUUUUUGUGAUAAGUCAGACUAAUUUUUGACACCAGGUAUUUUUUCUUUUUUUUUUUCUUUUUUUUUGUCAUAUUUUUAAACCAUUAAAUGAUUGACCAUAAUUUUUUUUUUUAUUGUAUGUUGGAUUUUCAGGCUACAGUCACAUUUUAACAAAUAAUAAUAUUGAAUGAAAUGAUAAAAAAAUAAAUAAAUAAAUGAAUAAAUAAAUAAAUAAAUAAAUAAUAAGUAAUACUUGUUAUAAUAAUAGUAGCAUUAAUCAUAAAAAUAAUAAUAAUAAUAAUAAUAAUAAUAAUAAUAAUAAUAAUAAUAAUAAUAAUAAUAAUAAUUAUUAUUAUUAUUAUUAUUAUUAUUAUUAUUAUUAUUAUUAUUAUAUUAUUUUUAAUGUUAUUAUUAUUAUUGUUAUAACUAUUUUUAUUAUUACUUUUAAUGUUAUUUCUAUAACAUAAUAAUUAUUUUAACUUUUAUUAUUAUUAUUUUAUUUUUUUAAUACAGCACUUUUCGGAACAGAGUAAGUGCUUUACAACAUCAAAAUGAAAUAGAGAUAAAAAAAUUUCAUUUAAGUAAAAACAAAUAAAAACAGAGUUAAAGGUCAUAUCUAGUAAAAGCACACUUUAGUCCAGAAUAAACUUUUUCAGAAAACUAGAAAUAACCUGUAAACUAUUGUAAAUAUUUCAGACCUCUUAUGAACGGGUGUGGGAGUGUAGAGCGCAGAAUUUACGCUGCACUUGUAUUUGUAUAAUUUCUAGUGAAAGUUUUUUUGAAGAUCCAAUAAAAGCUGAUAAAAAAAAAUAGCCAAAUAUAAAAUCUUGAUCACCCCAUCGCUGUUUGCCUUUUGUCUUUUUAAUUAAACUAGAACUUCACAAGAUGUAUUAUCUGUUAUGAUGCUCUGUUUCCUUCAAACUCAUGAUUAUUAAGUAAUAAGUGUUCAAAAGUAUCUCCUACGUCAUCAUGAAAACAGCGAAUUUGUUGUUUAUUCGAACACGUGACUUCAGUUUUGUCGUCAAGUCCUCCAGAAAUACCACCUCAAAAGCUUCACAGACGUGUCAAUAAUAAUGAUUUUUAUGUGCUCUCCAUACUGUGACGACAAAUUCUGUAUCCUCUCCAUCUUCAGCCUCGGUCACAAACAUCUCGAGAGGUUUAUUUUCACCUUUUCUGUCGCUGCCAUUCACUGUCAUUUCUAUUCGUUUUCAUUCUUUACAUUUAUGGGUAAUUGUUGGUGUGUAGAGGACAGACUUUGAGGCUGAUCUACAUGUGAAUAUUUUCAGGUGGAAAAUGGUUUACAAGGGGAACAUUAUGUGCCGGGUGUUCAUAAAUCUGGACUAUUUUCGGCCGGUACUCCAGGUUUUCAGUCUCUUAACACUUCGUAGUGAUUCUGCGUAUUGUUUGACGUAAAUGUGGCUCAUAUUCAGUGUGACAUGAUAUUUUAUUCUUGGAGUUUGACGAACACUCUUGGUAAGAUUUGAGUUUUUAGCCGUGUGUUGGAAGAAAAGGCUGAAGUAAAGAGGAGGAACAUCUCAACUUUUGCUUUCAUUAAUUAGAGUUAAUCAGCUUUAGGUGGAAAGUUUAAAUGAACUUUAAUUAACGUCCGGUCUCCUCUCUUAUCCCCUUUACCUUUUGACUUCGUCUUUUCCUCCUGUGGGCACGAACGUUUGCCUCUCUGCCUAAUCUCCUUCUACUUUGUUCAAUUUCUCUCCCUCUCUUUCUCCUCUAACACUCUUUGUCAUCCAUUUAUCUCCUUCCUUCUCCUCCUCUAUCAGGCUCUGGACGGCUUCUUUUUCGUGGUCAACAUGGAGGGAAACAUUGUGUUCGUGUCGGAGAACGUCAGCCAGUAUUUGCGCUACCAGCAGGAGGAGCUGAUGAACACCAGCGUCUACAGCGUGCUGCAUGUCGGGGAUCACGCCGAGUUUGUCAAGAACCUGCUGCCCAAGAGCCUCGGUGAGAAACUCAUGGAAAAAAUUUGGGAACUUGUUAUAAAUUUGUGUCAGAUUUGAUUAGUUUCCCAUUUCCCAAAAGCUUUUACCUCUUACCUCAAACUCUCAGAUUCAGAACUUUGUCUUUUAUGCACUCCUGAACUUCCUGCCUUGAAAGAAAGCAUGUCACCAUUUUAGCUUUCCUUAUACAGGCUCUUAGUUAAUCUUAGAACUGAUUAAAACCUUUUAAUGAUCAAUUUUUAAGUACUAUCUGGACUUAAGUACAUUGCUGAGCCGCUCGCCAAGAAUCCAGAUUGAGGACCACUCGUUGAAACAACAAGGAGUUCAGAGCGACAAGUUCUUUAUCCUCUUUUAACUCUGUUUUAAUCAUGUUUAACUGGUUUUAACUGAUUUUUAACUGAUUACGUUAACUUUUAAUCGGCAUAUGUUGCAUCUUUUACUGAAUUUCAACUUUUUUUCCGUUGUAAUCGUUUCUCUAAAUGUCGUCUUCGAUUUCUAUUCUGUUUUAAAGAACUUUGUAAGUUUGUUUUGGGAAGAACUCUUUAAAAGUGAAGUUUAUCGUCAUUGCUGAUUAUGAAGGACCAUAAUAUCUGGCUCCAAGGCUCCUUGUCGUAAUAAUAAUAAUAACUUUAUUUUUAUGGCACUUUUAUAAACAGAAGUUUACAAAGUGCUUUGAAAAACAGUCGUAAAGCACAGAACAUCAGCACAUGGAGAUAAAAACAACUAAAAAACAGAAGCUCAGUUAAAAACAAGACCUCCGAACUGAGGGCCAGUUUCAUUUUUCAUAAGAAACUCAGACAAUACAAGAACCCUACAACAUAAAAUGAGACCAUGAGGACCAAAAUAAAAACAUAAAAUAGGUAAGAAGAAGAAAUGUAAUGAAAAAGGGGGUAGAAAUCAGGAAACAAGAUAAUAAAUAUAAAAAGACAAUAAAAUAAAAAAUAAAAUAAUAAUGAUGAUAAUAGUAAUGAUAAAAUGGAAUAACAAAAAUGAGCAGGAAAAAACAAUAAAAUCAAUUUUAAGAUUAUAAGUAAAACAAAAGCUAAAAAGACAGUAAGUCGAAAUAAGAUUGAGGUAAAAAGAUAAAAUACAAAUUAAAAAAAAGAGAAAAGACAUCGCAAAAAAUCAAGUCUGUAAAAGUGAGUUUUUAAAUUUGACUGAAAAGAAGCAACUUUCUCUGCACGCCUUAUCUCCUCCCCUUGUUGAGUAAAAUAUACAUUAAAAAUGUCACAGUUUCACAGUGCUUCAUAGUUGGUACUGAUAUUAAUUAGAGGACCGAGCACUGAACCCUGGGGGACGCCCAAAAGCAUAUGCCCUGAAUGUUGUUUGUUGUUCUGAGUGAACAGCCGAAAACAAAUGUCAGUCAUCUAUGCCAUCUUAUCUAACAGCAUGUAUUUUUCUGUCUUUAGUUUCUCUAAAUAAGAAAAAACUGUCACGUUUCUCUCUCCUGCAGUAAAUCACCGCAGCAGUGACUCGUCCAACAGGAACAGCCACACCUUCAACUGUCGCAUGUUAGUCAAUCCUCACGUUGACGGCGAAGCGCGGCCGUCCUCUGACCAGCAGGACGUAUCGCAGCAGAAAUACGAGACCAUGCAGUGUUUCGCCGUCUCCGAACCCAAAUCUAUCAAGGAGGAGGGCGAAGGUACGGCAUUUCUCAAAUCCGUCUCCUAAACUAAACUUUCCUCUUCAUUAGGUCUCUCUUUUGUUUCUCCGACUUUCUUUCUCCCUCGUUUUCCCCUCCCUCUCCGUCUCUCCAUCUCUCUCCCGACUUCCCGUCAUUUUCCCAUCACUCCUCCAUCCCUACUUUCCCCGGUCUCUCGUGCCCUGUCCUCCUUUCAUCACCGCUCCUCUCCACUUUCCCUCCCAUCCACCGUGAGGGACUAAUUAGUGCGUGGCACUUUGUCAUCCUCCCAUCUUAUCUCAACACACACUCACACAAGCACACACGAGGGAAAAGUCUGUCUGGCACUCUAAUUUUAGAUGUCUGACAACCAGAUAUUGUGCCAAUCCCUCACCGACAUGAGGAGGACAGCCGGUUGACAGAUGGAGGGUUGCCGGUUGAGGCUGAGGUUGAUUAAAAUGCAGCUGUGACGGCGAGGUUGAAGCUAGUUAAGGUCUCUGUUUGAGGGGAACUCAGGUGUCUACAAACCUGGAGACUCAAAGAUACCAAAAGUUUUUCAUCACUUAGGAAGGUUUAAGUUCACCGCACAUUCAGAAAAACCCACUUAAGGGAUUAUUUGGAUGAGUUUUUGGUCAUGAGACGCUCCAAUCAGUUCAUCGAGCGACAGAUCCGACAUUAGGAAUAAGGCAGACCUAUCACCUCGUGUGUUUUUAAUGAGGGAUGCUGUGAAGCCGUAACAGGUGGGGAACCAGAGUGAGACCACCCAGGAGAGAGAGAGAGAGAGAGAGAGAGAGAGAGAGAGAGAGAGAGAGAGAGAGAGAUAGUGAGCUCACACUUACCUGCAAAGCGAAGGAAAGAAGCAGUUUGGAUGUUGUUGUGGUGGAGGAUUAUUUUAACCCUCUUUUUCUCUCACGCAGACUUCCAGUCGUGUCUGAUCUGUGUGGCGAGGAGAGUGCCGGUCAAAGAGAGACCGGUGAUGCCGACUUACGAGAGCUUCACCACCAGACAGGACCUUCAAGGUAGGACUAAUGCACCUUCAAAAAGUCACGUGUCACCUGUAGACUGUAAUGCUAGCAACUUUAAAACUUCUGAGCACAGGAUCAGAGUCUGUGUCAGUCCUACUAAAACUGUCAUAAAAACAGGAGUGAGAUGAAUUACCUAAAAUCGUCAGUUUGGAGCUAAAUAGCGGUUGUCGUCUCUGGGACAUGACCCAUUUGUUUCCAAUCACGGCAGCCGCCAUAUUGGAAAUGCUAACUCUGACUAACUUCUUACAGAGAAGUUGUCCAAGUAAGUCUUGGAUUAAAGAAUGGAGAUAAAUAAUUAUGUUUGGGUCUGUCGUGUGGUUAGAAACUUUGGGGUCCAAUGAGGAUCGACUCGCUUUUGGAGGUGGCCUCAAGUGGUCACUCCAGGAACUGCAAGCCAGCUUCGUAUUUCGUUUGGUUAAGUUUGUUUGUGUUUAUUAUCUAAUGUCUCCUGGUCAGUUGAUGGUUACUGCGCGACAUUAUCACCCAGAUUUUCCAAACUUGCAAACAUCUGUAAACAUGACUGUAAUCUGUUCGUGUGGCCUCUCCAGGUAAGAUCACCUCCCUCGAUACGAGUCUCCUCCGUGCGUCCAUGAAGCCGGGGUGGGAGGACCUGGUCAGGAGGUGCAUUCAGAGGUUUCACCUACAGAACGACGGGGAGAUGUCCUUCGCCAAGAAACACCAGCAAGAAGGUGAUUAACAGAUCACCUUAAUUCAGGUUUUUUUCUGGAAGUGUUUAGGAUAUUAAGCAUCACUGUAGCUCUUGAGGAAAUCAACCACAGAUUAUUUUCAGGACUUUAGAUCAUUUUUCUCUCUCUCUUUCAAAUCAAACGGCACUCGCUGUGUUCGAUCUCUGAAGGUCCGUUUCUGUCUCUUUGCAGUGUUGAGGAACGGCCACGCUCUCAGCCCUCUGUACAGAUUCACCCUCGCAGACGGCACCAUCGUCUCAGCGCACACUAAGAGCAAGCUGGUCCGAUCUCCGGCCACCAAUGAACCCCAGCUCUACAUGUCCCUGCACAUCCUGCAAAGGUACAGACCUCUCUUUGUACCGUUUGGACCUGCAGCUGAUUGUAAAACCACAAGACUGAGCUAAAUCAAAGAAACCAAACCAACUUUAGCUGUAAAAAGUCUGAAUUAAAUCAAAUAUCAUCAACAUUCAGAGAUAUUAUUUCUAGUGUUGGCCUCUUCCAUGUUGGCUCCCAGUCGUUGCGGUUUCCUCUUGAUCCAGACAAAGAGAGGGAAACAGCAGUUUGCAUUGAGAACAAAGAGCUUUUUAUAACCCUGCUGCUGUAUGUGCAAACCAAAACUGACACAAGCGCUACCAGUCGGUCCAGUAUACAAAGCCCCGUCCCUUUCCCCCCUCUGAUCACUGGGAGCGACCGCAACAAAACCAGCGUCCAGCCUUUGGUAUGACCAUUCAGAGUUCGGGAUUGGACGCAGAUCAGAAAACAAUGCCAGGACUGUUACCCAGAGUAUUCAGGGAUCAAUGGCAAGAACUUGGUCUUUUUACUUCCACCAAGUUUCACAUUGAAAAUUAUCGCCCCGGCGCUCAUUCAGCACAAUCAGAGCUUUGUUUGUUUGUUUGGUAUGGAGCUGAAGCUGCUCUGUGUUCAGAGCUCCUUCAGUGUUCUAACCUUUAUUUUCCCAACUCUAUAGACUUUACAGAAAUGAACUGUGUUAAUGACAUGACUGAAACUAAGCUGAGGGAAACCACUAUGCCCUGAUUCCUAACAAAUCCUGAAAGACGCUCUUAAGACAACCAAAGUUGGAGCACUGUUAAGAGAACUACAUACGGAUGGAAAAGAACAUAUCAAAUAUCUCUGAAAACCAUCGUCUGCAGACAGAACUCCUCAGUGCGUCCGCUUACGGAGGUUCAAUCUGCACCAAGCAAAGUGAAAACCAAACAUAAACACGAUUCAGACGUUGGUGACCACUGGAAAAGUCGAAAACGGUCCAGUCUGGUUCAUCAAACUUUCUUUCUGGAAAUCACGGACAUCUUGCCCGCUGUUCAUGUAUGGUUGAUGCAGCUGAAAGGGUGUUUCCUUCUUGGACCACCAUCAGAUCCGUCUCUGCUGUCAGAGCGGCGAGCAGAUGUUCAAACUGCGUUUUCUACUCUGAACCUUAAAGUUAAUCUUGUGUCUGCUUCCUUUUGUUUUCAGGGAGAACAUGGGGGGUUUGAGUGCAGACACACCGGGCAGCCAAGGCAUGACCAAGCCAAUGACCCCAACCAGUAUGGGUGGCCCCUCCCCUUCUCCUGAUGCCAGUGUCACCAGCAACACCCACCACUCCACCUCGGUGUCAGGAGCACAGGGACGGGGGUUUGGGUCUGUAUCGAGCCGGUCAUCCACGCCUCAGGGAAACAGCCACUCUCUCAAACUGGGCAGUCCUUCGGCCCAGGGGAGCCCCAGCAUCUCCUCAGGGGUCCAAGGGGCCAUGUUGUCUCCUCGUCAUCGCCAGAGCCCCGGCAUGGCGGCGAGCAGCAGCAGCUGUAGCAGUCCCCACCUCCCCCAGCAUCCACCUGGUUCUUUCUCUCCUGCAGCCGGGCUUCCUUCGCCAGCAUCCGUGUGCAGCAGCACGGGGAACAGCCAAGGGUUUAACUCCCUCAGCGCCCUGCAGGCCCUCAGCCAGGGCCACAGGGUUUCCCAGGGACCCAGUGAGGGGCAGCAUCUAGAUUCACCUGAUGGAAAACCAGAUGGUCUUCAGAGUCCACUACAGAGCAGCAGUUCCGGAAGCCAGCUAGCCAAGAACAACCCCAGCUUGGAGGCCGACAUAUUUGGAGCUUUUGAGGAGCAGCAGGACUUGUUGUCACCCCAGAACCAGGAGGGAGACCAGGGGGAGGGGAAAGACGCUGACCCUGACAGCUUCGGAGGUAGUGGGAGCUUAGAGGAGCUUGGCGACGCCUCAAACCGCCUCCUGAACACAAAAGGCCCCACGAAACUGCUCCAGCUCCUCACGACCAAGCUCGAGCCGUCAGAUCCCGGAUCUCCACCUCCUCUGGGGGACGAGCAAAGCUGUAAGGACCAGCUGGCCGGGUUGGGCGGUAUGGGUGGUGCGGGGCACAACAACCACUCCACCUCGCUGAAGGAGAAACACAAAAUCCUCCACAGGUUACUGCAGAACAGUACCUCACCUGUGGAACUGGCCAAGCUCACAGCAGAGGCGACUGGGAAAGACCCCGUUGGUCCAGAGUCGGCUUCAGGGGACAACGCGGCCCUGAGUGAACUCUGCACAAAGCAGGAGCCCGGGAGCCCCAAGAAGAAGGACAAUGCGUUGCUUCGUUACCUGCUGGAUCGGGAUGAUAACGGGAUCCUGGAUAAAGCCAUCAAGAUGGAGCCCAGUGAGGGUCCGAAGCUGAGCAAUGUGAAGACGGAGAAACAGGACGCAGGUUUCAACAUGGCCGACCAGGUCAGUGUCUUACCUGAAUUUAUUCAUUGGUGGUUUUUGUUGUUGUUUGGUUCCUAGCCCCCCUCUUUUUGGUUUCAGCUAUAAAUUAGGUCUCAUAGUGGUCUGGACUUUUAGUUUUUAACAUUUCCAGCUGACAGACAUGGAGGAGAAACGCAGGAAAUCAGCUGUUUGUGGCAUUACCGUAGUCACAUACCCUCUUGUUCCUCGGUUGGUCUCGGCAGAUCCAGUUCAAAGUGUUGUUGGGUAAAUUCAGAGUGCAGGUGCUCCGACAAAAACUGAGGUUAGUUCCAGGAAGGAGCUAGACUUCAAAAGUGUGACCGGUCCCACCAAAAGCUCUUCCUCCGGUCAGGGGAGGCUGCUGCUGGCAAGGAGGUCUCCAUUCAGAGGUUUCCAUCCUGGAGUUUGUUAGGCGAUGUUUCCUUUAGCUGGAGUUAAAGAUUCCUGUCAGAGAAACGACAAAGUUACUGAGAAAAUAUUCCAGUUUACAAGAAUAAGAAAUAAAAAAAUCAAACUGAAAAGACAGAAAGGGACAAAGCAAACAUGGUCUCCCUAGCUUCCAGGUUUUUGCAGAUACAAAGUUAGCGUCGUUUUUGUCUCUUUAUCUCGUCUGUCCAACAAACUCUGGACUUUGGAUAGUCUGAAAAAAAGUCCUCGUAUCUCUGUCUGAGAUCGUGCCCUUGAUAUGGCCGCUUUAUGUUCACAGUCUGUGUGUGAAAGUGUGUGUUUGUGCAUCUCCACUGUGGCUAAACAGAGCUGUGACUGUGUCUUACUGUGACCUCAUUAGUGCCGGCAGUUUAUUUUUAGCUCCUCCUCUAUUCAUCAGCCAAACGGCCGGAGGAAACCAAUGCUGUCAGCGGGUGGGUGUGUCUGGGUUGAAUUACACUGCAAUACUGAGGGGAGCUUGUUUUUUUUUCCAAAUAGUUAUAGAAGUAAAUAUCAGGUUUUGUAAAUCUUUUGUCUGAGUUUUCUUUUUUUAUAUUAUUCUCCUUUUUCUUUUGUUUUCACAUCCUAAACUGCUUUCGUACAUGUCUGCUUCUAUUGCAAAACAAACGCAAAAUACCGUCUUCUUUGUUUGAUGCAUCGUACAAUAAACAAACACUCAGACGGAUAAAAACCUCUCUUCAUAGCAGAUUAUUCCAACCAUUUAAAGCUCGUGUUGCAUCUUGAUUUCUGAGCAACAACUGUUAUAACACCCGCAAGAAAUCCCAUCUUCAUAAACUCCUCCAAACAUAAAAUGAUACAGCGUUAUUCUGACGGUGAAACAGAAAAUUUUCCGCAACAAUGAGGGUCUCACUUUUGCUUUAGUCUGUGCCAAAACAUAUAUAAUUUAAGUGUAAGUGAAAAGCCUCUGUCAUGUUUCUGUAGACCACCUACAGGGAAAACAGCUUCAACAAGAUAAACUGGGUUGGCUCCUGUGGUGAUGUAACAACAGGAGUGAUUUGCAAAGCCAUUACCACUCCAUCCUACGUUUUGUUGUUUUUCUCUGCUGUUGUACAGUCAACAUGUCCGAGGUUAGAGCCAGACAAUGAUCUGUUGUUGGUUGCAUAAACCCACACAAAUGUCACUGCACUGUCCCAGCACUGGAGAACUAAAGAAGACAACAAUGUGCCAGAUACAAGCAGUGCUAAUUUUGUUGUUUGUGCCAACGUACCACUCAAGAACCACGCUGUUGUAACUGCGGCUACGACACUUCACCAGUUGCCUUGUCAGAUUCUGGAUUAUGCAUAAUAUCAUGGCGCAGGUUCUCACUUGCCAAGCUUGUUUUGGUGUUUUUCCGCCUCUACAUCCAUCUGCACCGGUCUGCAUUCUCCCCCUUCAAACAACAAUGCGGGCAGCCAAUCAAAACAGUUCCUCAUUCUCAUAGCAUCCCUGCCCAAGCAGAUCACUAUGUGGAUAAUGAGGUUGGGAACUGAGAGGCUGCAGAUCCUUGCCUAAAAGAUGACUAGCGUUACAUGGGACCUUCAAGAUGAUCUUGAAGGUGGAAAUUUGAUGUGAUAGAUAUAGGACCCCCUCCCCAUGCACUUUCUUCCAUCUAAUUUUGUUCCUAAAUCUUGCUGAUCUCAGUCCAGUGAAUUGGAGGACCUUUUGGAGGACCUGCAGAGUGGCGGCCAGCAGCAGCAGCAGAUGUUUGGAGCACAACCUUCAGUCAGAAGAUCAGCCUCCACUUCAUCCUCCUCUUCCUCUGUGCCGCCUAGUUCCUCUGCAGAUAAACAGACCAUCAUCGGCAACAUCCUGCAGAUGACAGACAGCACCAGCACCAGCAGCAGCCCCCCCAACCAGCACAGAGCUUUCCCCACGAUGGGACCAGCAGGUACGUCCAGUUCAGGGUGGUUCUAAGUGGAUAAAUCUGUAUUAAUCGAUAUCUUAGACCGUGCUACCUUCACCAUAUCUCUGUCUGAGGAUAUAAAACAGAUAUGACACGCCCACUUUUUGUCUCUCCAGCAGGUUUUAACAGUGCCAGGCCAGGCCAGCCGGGUCGAGCCCCUCCCCCGGUCAGGAGCGCAUCUCUGGACGGCAGUAUGGGCCCCAAUCCCAACACUGGCAGACCAUUUCCUCCCCAGCACAGAACCAACGCCCCCUACUCCCUACUGCAGCAUCAGCAACAGCAGCAAGGCAUGAUGGGAACCCAUACAGGCAUGGCCAACCAGGCGGGGAUGGCCAAUCCAGGUCAGAUACCUUAAUUGUCUUGUCCUCAGGGAAAAUAGUGUCAGAGUUAAUAUAUGAUAAUAAAAUUCUAACGAUCUUUAAAUCUGAUUGUUUCUGUUCUUUUCAAAUCAGGCAUGCUGAGUAACGGGUCAAUGAGGGGCCCUAUGCAGCAAGGCUGGGGUCCCCAGGGGCCCUUAGGAGGGAGUGCUGGAGGAAUGAUGGGCCAAGGGGUAGGACCUGGUCGCAUGGUCCCCAAUAUGAACUCUGCAAUGCCCACAAGAGGCCCUCAUGGGUCCAGAGCCAUGGUCAACAUGCAGAUGAUGAGCAACGGUGAGAAGAAAAUCGAGAAAAAGACAAAAACUGUCUGACGUAAAGUUUAAUCAUAUUAAUACCUGAUGUUGCUUUUUUCUCACCUUCAGAGAUGGAGAUGGCGAACCCAACCUACCCUCAGCAACAAGCUCCACCCAAUCAGACUGCACCAUGGCCAGACCGAAUGAUGUCCAUGGAUCACUAUGGAAACCAAAGCAGGUAAAAAGUCAAACAUAAAGCACCAGCAUCUGUUGGCGGAUUUACAAAUCAAAACCCUGAGUCUGAUGUGACAAUAACAACAUGUUUCCUUCAGGCCACCGUAUGGCGUCCCCCAAGGAGACGGGAUGGGGUGCUGCAGCACAGGACCCGAGGGUCAGCCAGAUGAGGGCACUCUGUUGAACCAGCUGUGCUCUGUGCUGAAGGACUUUGAGGGUCUGGAGGAGAUCGACAAGAUGCUGGGGAUCCCAACGCUGGCUGGACAGGUGAAACCCAAACUCCCAGGAAUAUGGGUGCUUAAAAAUAUACUGGUUCCUGUUGCUUAUAACCCGUUCUUUCCUCCCUGCAGGGUCCCAUGUCAGACCAGGACCAGUACCUCGGCUCCUCAGACCCAUCAGCCUCCAUGAAGCCUCUCCUGUACGGUCAGCAACACUACAGUGGUCAGUCUGGAUACAGCAACAUGGCUCCUGAUGGCGGUUUUCAUGGCCCCUCCAUGGGUGGCCAUAUGGGUCCUCAGAGGAUGCCGCCGGCUGGUUACCCUCCAAUGAUGAGGAUGCCGGGGAGCGUGGGGCCCAGAGCAGCUGGGAUGAGACCAGGGGGGCCAAAUCCAGGCGUGCCACCUCAGCCCAACAACCUGAGGCUGCAGCUGCAGCACAGACUCCAGGCCCAGCUGGUAGGUGGCAACAAAUAUUUAUCAUCAGCCCUCUCACUGCCAUGCGAUGUUUGCUGACCACAAACCAGGACUGUUGUUGUAAACAGAUGGGACUGACUGUCCAUCCAGCUGGUGAUCAGCCUUUUAAAUACAACAUUUAGAAAUUUAAUUGAGGAUGUUCACCAUGAUAUUGUUCAAAAGUGAUGGAUGCAGCCACCUGAUGGCACUCAAAGGUUUAUGAACUAAUGGCUGAAAGCCUCAAAUUUGGCAUCUUGGCUCUUUGGAGCUCGAGGUGUCCUGGAGAUGAGCCUGACUGCACCGAUGCUAACAGGGUUCACUGGGUUUAAACAGCAGCAGCAGCCUCAGAGGAACAAAUGUGUUUCAACUUUUUGCCUUCAUCAGUAGUUACCUGCUGCUGAGACACAUAAAAAUGAACACACAUGUGAGGUACUGACACACAUACAGAGCUGCUCUCUAACUUAUGAAGAUGAUACACGGGGGCUGUGCUACGUAACUGACUUAAUGUCAAAAAUGUUCUUUUUAUCUCCCAUCAUGGUUAUUUAUCCAGGUGCAUGAUACCUUUAUUUAAUACUUUGUUUGUUAAGGUGGAAUUAUGUAAAAUAAAUUAUUUUUAAUUGCUGUUUUAAAGUCAUAUUUUUGUAAUGCUAAGGAGGUCUAUCACUAGAUUUUUAGAUUCAAGCUACAGUGGAUUCAGUAAUAAUUUAUUUACACAACUCUUUAUGGUUUAGAUGCUAAAUGGUAGCGUGUAAAAGUCUAGACUGCCACCUGGUGGAAAUUUGAGAAAACAGCAGGUGUAUUAAGGCUGUUGGUUUAGCAGCUGGUUCAGAUGGGAGACACGGCAUUUGCACCUCUGUCUCCAGGAUUCUGCCAGUGUGAGUGAGAAGAGAACAGUGUGAUUAUUGUGAUGACUAAAUCAUUUAUCUCACUUCAUUGCAGAACCGUCAGCCAAUGGUGAACCAGAUGAGCGGAGUGUCCAAUAUGAAUCUACCUCUCAGGUCUAACGUACCAAACCAGGUCAGUCAGAAACGAACACAUUCCUGUAAGAAUUUCACUCACUCACUCCUUAAACAUCCAAAUACCCGCCAUCACAGAUGAACCAACUCCUGUGAGAGAAUCGAACAUUGAUGGAAAAUAAAAAGAUAGCUGAAGGUAUGAAGGUUCCGAAUUGGAAAUGACCUGUUUUUGCUCAGCAGUGCAGUUGCAAUAGAAUGAGAACAAAGCAAUAGAAUGUGAUCGAAGAAUGGAAUCAAAACAAUAGAAUUAGAAAGCAAUAGAAUGGAAUCAAACUAAUGAAAUGGAGUCAAAACAAUCAAAUGAGAACAAAGCAAUAGAAUGGAAUCAAAUCAUUAGAAUGGAAUCAAAGCAUCAGAAUGAAAUCAAAACAAUAGAAUGAGAAAGCAAUAGAAUGGAUUCAAACUAAUGAAAUAUAAUCAAAACAAUAGAAUGUGAUCAAAGCAUUAGAAUGUGAUCAAAACAAUAGAAUGAGAAAACUAUCAAACCACUGAGUCACAAUGAAGAGCUCAAUAUGAAAACCUUGUAAGAACAGUAAAUUAAACAGGAGCAUCACAAAGAUUAAAAAUAGUUUAAUACUUGUGAAUACCAAAAAAGCAAUUAAAAAAAAAAAGAAAAACUCCUUUUGACUUUGUUUUUCAUCAACUUCUCUGUGUUACUUUUUUGUUUCCAGGGAACCCUCAAUGCCCAGAUGCUAGCUCAGCGUCAGCGCGAGUACCUCAGCAACCACCUACGCCAACGCCAACAGCAGCAACAACACGUGCACCAGCAGCGUGCCAUGAUGAUGCGAACCCAGGGAAUCAACAUGCCACCUAAUAUGCCCAGCGGGGGCGCCGCUCCAACCCCAAUGCCCAUGGGUGGCACCAACCCACGACUCCCACAGGGAAACCCGCAGCAGUUCCCCUACCCGGCCUCCAGCUACGGUACCGGUCUGCCCUCUCCUCCUCCUCAUCCCAGCUCCACCAGUCCUUUCCCAUCCCCUAUCUCCCCUAGCCAUCACCUGGCUAGCCAGGGCAUGAUGGGAAAUGUAAGCGGGCAGUACAGCGGGGUUAUGAGUCCGCCAUCACAGCACAGUGCCUACCAGUUCAACAGUACAGGUAUUUGAUUAGAGCGCAGUAACGGCGUCGCAGCAGUCUGUGUGUGCUUCUUGGCCGGUGUAGUCGCUUUUUCCCUCUGUGGUAAUCAAAUACUGUAUAAUCAUCUCUGUUUGGUUUAACCUCUUGAGAUCAUGAUUGGAGGUGGUUGAAGGUUGCAUGAUGCUUGUUUUUGUUUGCAAAUCAAUGUUGCAUCUGAUCUUCUGCUUUAAUGUUUAGAUAAACACUCUGUCUAUGAUUGUAACUCUGUCAUUAACCAAUCAGAAGACUUCAUGUUUUUUUUUGUUUUUUUGUCUGAGGAUACUUUGUUGUUACAGUCAUUGUUAUCGUAGUUUCCGACGUAGCUUAUUACUCUUAAAUCUGCUCAAAUCUACAGGAAUGAGCCAACAGCAGCAACACCAGGACCCGGUGUCAGGCUUUCCAUGCGGGGCUGCGACCCCUCAGAGCCCAAUGCUGUCCCCCAGGAUGGGUCAGGGUCAAAGCCCCAUGCUACAGCACACCCAGGGCCAACCCCAAUCCCAGGGUCCCAACCAGGCAGGAGCAGCAGGUUACCAGCAGGGCAGCGACCUCAACGGGUGGCCCCAACCUGCCAACAUCUCCACCAGCAACAGGUGACAGAAGAUUAACUGUUCACUAAAUUUUACAUGAACCUUUUUGAGUGUUUUUGUGAAUACCAUCAUGCUCUUUGACUCUUCUUUUUAGUGUGUACCCUCAGCAGUCCCAGUCUCAGUACUCAGCACAACCCAACGGGGGAAUGUACAGCAACAACGCCAACAUGAACCUGGGAGUCAUGGGCAGCAACGGCGGCAACAUGAGCCAGAUGUCAGCACAGAUGAGUUCCAUGACCUCCAUGAACACAGACCAGGUGAGAGAUGCAAAAAUUCACCUAUUUAAAUGGAUAAAAUAUUAUUACCAUUGUUAAAGUUCUUAUCUGAUUUAAACUCCAUGUCUGUCUUCAUCACUGUAACUCUCAGGUGUGUGACAGCAUUCUGGGGCAGCUUGCAGAAAUCGACAUGUUGACACAAGAUGGUGAAGCCAAUUCUGUGAGUAAAGGUUUCUUGUCUUGCACACAUUACAUAGAUAUUUUGGGCUUAAAUUUGAUUCAAUUUAAAGUUUAUUUUUUUGUAUCAAAAAAUAGAAGAGUAGCCUCUAAGGUGACAUCUAUCCAUAAUACCCUAUAUUGUUUGAGACAGCAUUAUACUUGGACGAGGGGUGGUACUGGGAAGGAAUGAGGGUGUUAGCCAAAUCUCUAUCAUCAGUCAGUACUUGAAAGUUGGUAAAAGCAGCUUUUAUGUUAUUCAUGAUACUAAUUUAAUAAUCAAACGUACAUCCAAAAGAGCUUGGUUCAUAGUAACUACAGUUGUCCAUAAGGGAUUGUGAAUUUGGUGUGCCUCAGGGCUCCAUUUCAGGUCUUCAUUGAUUCUCUUCGUAUAUCCUUCCACCCUGUCCAACUACUGCUGCAUUAUUCAUACUUCAUAGACAUCCUGUGAAUUAUAGGUUAUUUCAUUAAAUGCUCUGCUCGUUUGUUUUUCUCUGUUGUACAGAAUUUCUGCUGACCCCGGCUGCUGUCCACACGAGGUAACACAGGAGCUCAUGCAAAAACACUCAAACCCACUCAGCUCAGCAAUCAGAGAGACAUUAAGUAGUUAAAGACACGUGAUGGAAACGCUUGUUUCUCCGUCACACCAGCCGACACUGAGGCACUACGGAGAGAGGACGACUUUAUAUAUAAGACAGUAAAUGGAAGUUUGCAGGUUCGUGUGUGAGACGGAAACAACGGUGUCACCGUUUGAGACCGGAGAACUGAAAGGCUGUCGAGCAUGAAUGAAACCUCUGGAUUUUAUCUGAAAUAUUUCAGAGCUGGACUGAAAACUUAAAUGAAUGAAAAGGUUUAUAAAAAUAUUUUACUAUUAUUUAUAGUUUUGAUGAGGUUUUAGAGAUUAUUUGUAUGACACACAAAAAAAAUCAAGGAUAUCUUUCGCUUAAGAAAAUCUCCCAAAAUGGUACAUUUUGAUGUCAAUUUAAAAUUAAUAUAUUUCAACUGCUGUAGUUACGAGGAGCUAAAUCCUCGUGAAACGACUUUUUGAAUGAAGGUGAAUGUGUAUAGAUAGUGUACAUACAAAGAUUUAUUAUACUCUCUUUUACCCUCAGUGACAUGGAGAAGCAGUAGUUUGGAGUUUUAGUCCGACAAACAUUUCUCAGAGAGCAGAUCUGUCAUUGGUUAAACUACACAUCAGGGGGCGGAGCUAAAGGUUUUGCGGGUCCCAAUGGCAAAAAUGCUACAUGCUGCUGUUUUCGCUAUUUUGAAUCUUAAAGCUUAAACUUUAACCAUGUGGUCAAGCAGCAACAAGAGGUUGGUUUGAUUAGCACGUUUAGUGAUGAAAACUAAAACCAACACAGAAGUGAAAUAAACUACAGUUACACGAUUAUAUAGCAGAGUUAAACAUGUUUACACCCCAAUGCAAAAAGGCAGCAACAGGCUUAAAUAAUUAGCCCCGCCCAUAACAAAACCAAUUUUCUUUUAUCAAGAUUAAGAGUCACACAUUAUUGGGUAGAAUCAGCUGUCUGUAUGAUUUACACAAUGAACUUAGCCCGCUUUAACUCUGUAGCUUGAGUCAUUAUCCAAUAUGGCGACCAAGCUGACGACUCGGCCCAGAACUCAUCCAUUUUGGUCAAGAGUGAUGAGUCAUUAGGGAGAGGUUACAGCGGCUGUUUUGAUCUGUUGGGUCCAGAAUCUCGCCAACAGUCGAAUAGGUUGGAGUGACAUUUGGAACAGCUGUUCAUUCUACCACUACUGUCAAUUUAAGAACAUUAAACCCCCCUGACUUUUUUUUAGCAUCAUUAUCAGGUUAGUCUUUUAACUCGUCCAUUAUUUUGGUUUUAGACUCAAAAUCUAAAGAGUAAAUGUGAUUCCUAUUAUUUUAAUGUAGAUAAUUAGCUCCGCCCACUGUAUUUCCAACCAAUGAAACACAUCUUACUGGACAGCAUCUUUGCUUUUGGGUACAACUGAUGAAACUCUGAGUUACUGCGGUCGUAGACCUCAUGGCUGCGAUGUCACACUGAAGGGGGGGGGUAGUUUUGUUGUGUUUGGGUCAUUCUGUGCGUGAAGAUGAUUUUUGAAUGACAAACAGUCGAACCCUACUCUGUGUACUGUUGAUGAAUGAAUGAACGAGUCAGGGCGGUCUCAGAAGGAUGUUCAGUUUUGCAUAAAGACGGGCAGGUGAUCGAGAACCUUUACAAUCCAAAGUCAUGAAACUCUCACAGACUGGACCUCAGAGAUUUUGGGAAUAGAUUCAUCAGAUCAUUUCAAAGGUGCUCUUUGUAUUCAUUAGGUGCUGUCUCAUAAACUUGACUGUAACUGUCCAAUCCUAAUCUUGAAUUGAGACGGUCCACAAAUCUAUAAACCUGUAAAGCACACACUGGAAUAAAGACAGACAAUGACGAGUACGGCGGAGUGUUAGGUCCACAUUAAAGAAAAGAAGAAAUGAGAUUUAAAUAGUGUAAAGGUAAAUUACAAGAAUGAAGUCAGAGUGAAAAGUAUCAUAAAAUGAGGCGGUUAGAUUAUCAUUUAUGCCCAAUCGUCUCAGCGUUAACACUUUUAUUUUUACUUUUAUGACGUUAAACUUCACAAGCCACAAGUGAAACUAGCUCCUCUUCAAACAGUCCCCUCCAAAAUAUCAGAAACACCAAGUUUUUUUUCUUGUACAAUUAACACUUAACUUUUGGAAUAUCACUUCUUUUUCCACAUGAAAUCGAAAUUCAAUCAUCUUAAAAACAGUUUAACCACUUUACUCUUUUGACAUAAGAGUUUCUUUCAUGAUAUUCCGACUUCAUCCUGAUGACGUUGUCACUUAUUCUGGUAAUACUGGGAUCUUAUUCUUGGUUUACAACUAUUUGACCUUUAUUCUCACGAUUGCACCACUUUCUAAAAUUACAACUUAUAUUUAUGACAUAAUGACUUGUCUCAUGAUAUUACACCUUCAUUCUCAAAACAUCACAUUUUCUUUAACGUGGACCUGAUAAACGAGAGGACAGGGAUGUGAAAAUGCAAACUGGACACAAAACAAAAACACUGAACAGAACUUUUGACUUUUUCCCUAUUCAGGAAAUGUUGACCCCGUGAUUUCUCCAUUUCUCUUAAGAUCUUAGCACAGGAAAGUCAACUCCAGUGUGCAUUUUGUGAAAUCCCAAAGAUUUUAAGGAGACAACUUCUGAGAGAAAAUGAAAGCCAUGAAAAAAAAAAGUCCUGAAUGUCAAACUCUCUGCAAAGUUUGGAAACAAUCAAAAAGAUGUAAACUCAUGUACAUAACUCCUGAUGUUCUAGAUGAAAGUGAAAUAUUUUCUCUUGGUUUCAACUGAUACAGUAUAUAAAUACUGUAUAUAUAUAUAUAUAUUGAAGAGUUCUUGAUUUAUAGAUUGAUAUUUUAUCUAUUGCAAAAUACUGUAAUUCAUGUAAGUACCUUAAGAUGCGAAGAUGAAGCAUAAUGCCUUAGAUCUGUGAUUCUUUGUCUGGUGUUUAUCUGUCUGGUUUACAGGUGUACUUUAUUAUCUGUCAGUCCCAUACUGCUGAGUGAGUGAGUGUUUCACCACUUCAUUCUGUAGCUACAAGAGUUCAAUAACCAGGUUUUUGAAAAUCUUCUAUCAUGAAGUGACGCUGAACGACAAGUUCAUGGUCUCAAGGAAAGCUAGAGUAACUGCGUGUUAGCCUUCGUGAUCACGGUGCAGAAACGUGCUUUUAAUUUUGAUGUAGUUUAUUUGCGUUGUCACACCUUGUAUGUGCGCAACGCACCAGGGAGGUUCUCCCAGACUAACACAGUGUUUUUUGUUUUUUUUUAAAGGGGCAUUUCAUAGUCUUUGACUUUUGUUGAUCUCAAUGACCAAUAAGCUCUGUAGCAACAUCUCAGUACAGUUAGCUGUAAAUUACAGUAACUUACUGUAAUUGUACGCAGUGAUGUAGCGCUAAUGCUGGAACAUACUAAUAUGAACAUAACACACCCAUCCCAUGUUUUUGAAUACAGACACUAUACCACUCCCUGUUAGACAACCCGAAAUCUGAGAGCCAUCAGCAGAUGCUCUUAGUAUGCCGAUGAUGCUAAUGUUUGCCAUGUUCUAAUGUUAGGGAUCUUAAAUAUGAUCCUAUAGCUCCAUUGAUUUUCUCUGUCCUUAAUUUUUUGGCUUUGUAUCAAUCUGGGAGAAAUGUCAACAAUUUGUGACAUUAUUGAUGUUCAUACAAUCCUUAUAACUCUGAGGGUGGGAAGCUCAAAUAAUGUUACCUGGUCUUCCUGAUGUUUUCCAGAUCAUAAGACACAUAAACCACAAUAAUCCAACAAAUUGAUGGAUCCUUGUUUGAUGUGCAGCCAUGAAAAUAAUAGACGGUGUAAAUGUUGGGAGAGAUGGGGCUAUUUAGCUUACAUUAGAACUCAGCAAAGUUAGCAUUUAGCCACUUAUGAGAUAGCAGUUAUGCUUUAAAAUCAUCGAUAGAACGGGAAAGGCAUCGAUUAUUUUACUAAUAACCACUUUAGAAGAGCUAAUGUUAAUGCUGAACAGAAAAUUAGCCAGUCUACGAUACAAUCUGCAGGUACCGUAAGCCUCGAGCAUGACAUCAUGAGGAGAAGACUGCUGAAGGGAAUCUGGGCGGUACGCUUUAGUUCAAAGAGGAGGUUUUAUGAUCAUUUUUAGGCUUAAAACCUGCGACAGAACUUAUGGUUCAAAAUACUCCUUAUUUAUCUCACCCAGCGUCGGCACACAGGAAAUUUUAGGUACUGUCUCUUUAAGGCCCCUUUCCCUGCAGACCUACUUUCUUCUGAUUGGCCAGUUCUCUAGAAUGUUACCAGGUUGUUAUUGUACAGGAUCAAUGGAGGAGUUCUGUGGCUUUGUGACAUCACAGAAUUCCGGAUAUAGAUACAUUUUAAUAGAGAUGAACUGUAGAGCAGACCGAACUCUGAACUCUGAGAAUCUAAAUAGUUGUACCUUUAUUAGCCGGCUCUAAAAACAGAAAAAUAGUCACUCUAUAAAACAGCAUUCAUUUGUGAUGGGAGGUUCAGUUUGCUUAGUUAAAUAUUUUUAUUUUAAAGUGUUUUCAAACAAGGAUGCAAGUAUUCAAAAACCUCUUUUUUUUGCAGCCCAACAGAUUCACUUUCAAACAAUCCAUUUAAACAUCUCAGCAGUGACAGUCAGUACACUUUACAUGGAGCGUGUUAUUAUGCAAAAGCCCAGACGUUCACGCCACUUUAUGCAAGCUGUCGACUCUAAUGUUGCUUUUGCCAAUGCUGCUUGUUAAUUUAUGAUUCAUGCCACUGUAAAUAAAUUAUUUUUAUGGAAUUGGACGACUCUCGUCUUUUUUUCCCCCUGAACUAAAAAGCACCACAGACCUGACACUGAAAGCCUAUGCCAACGAGAGGAAAGAACUCUUUCCAUCCAUAAAAGCAAUUUUUAAUCAUAAUUGAUAACCAUAAAUUGCUUUUUGGUGGAAUGACAGUCUUCUUGUGUAUGCAUUUCCUUCUUUACACCAGCAGGGGGCAACAGAUCACAGGAAUUUCAAUUGACUGAGUGUGGUCUUGACCUAAAAUUUGCUCAGUGAAUUUUUUUGGGAACAUGCAGAGAUUUCC